GUGGUGCCCGAGGGGAGCUCUCUCGGUGGGUUUAGUCAAGCUGCCGUUAGGUCGAGCUCUCAGUAUGCGGAACUCCCUGUAGACUGGUGGUGGUGAUGAUGAGGAGGAGGAUGUUAUGAAGGCAGGUUGUAACUGACCGAGCUACCCGUUCAUCGAGCAGGGGAGGCGGUGGACACGCUCCCCGCAUCGUUUUGUUUGCUUUGGAGGACUGAAUAACAAUAUUUCGAAAUCUUCACAUGUUCCCGAUGAUAAGCCGUCAUAUUGAGGAGGACAUAAAGCUGAUUUCGGACAAACACCGCCGCCAGCCUCCCUGCGUAACCGAGGAGGGCGCACUCCACCCAGGCCGUUGGAAGCAGCUGGCUCCGCGGCGGACGUUAGCAGCUAACCGGCUAAUGUAAGCAGGUAAGGAUGCUCCAACUUAACAUUUGUGGCGCUUGAAAUUACUUUCUUUACUAUACUAUGUUUCUGGCUUUUCUUCUCAAUGUUGAAAACCUUAUUUUACAUUUUAAAUAGAACUUAUUUAUGAGUCAAAACGGCCAAGCUCCUGUUAGCAGCUAGGCAGCUACCUAGCUAGAUAGCUAAUCCAUCCGUGACGUACGAAGCUAGCAGAGUGGAGGUGAGAGGAUGCUUCGUAGGGGUGAACAUGUAGGACAAACCAGGCCUGAUACCUUUUAUUAGAGAAACGAUAACACUGCUACAAGAAGUCACACGACCAGCUCUCACAGAGCUCUCCGUGGGUUCUGGCAUUGCCUCAUCACGUUUGUUAUUGCGUAUGCCGUUGCCAUAAUCUCAACUGUGAGCUCGUUAGGUUGUAAAAUCCCCACUACACCUCGUAAUUAACCUCAGCUCAUAUGGGAUUUGUUCCCUGUAACUGACACCCUCUCCUCCGAAAUCGGGUGUUAUUGUAAACGCACUUGUAAGCCAGCUGAAAGCAUCAGUGAGCAGCUGUUGUUUUACACAGUGUCAGCCCAGCCUCGGACAGAAAACAGGACUGAUGAAGCAGAUAAUAGAGUCGUGAGUGUUUAAAUGACAACCAGGGUGAGGCAUAGACAGGGGCGUGUCCAUACUUGCUUUGACCGGGGUGGCUCAACUAGGGCACUGAUUCAAGUAGGGUGGUGUGAAGUAUGCACCCCCCUUCACCUGCUGUUGUUCAACAAAGAAGCCAAAAUAUUCAUGCAAAGGACACUGAUAUGCUGUAGUGGUGACGCAUUUUGGAGUAAAGGCAUGUGCAGAAGUGGUGUAGCUCAAGAACUGAUGUCACGCUUCUUCUGCUAAUCAGAACACACCUUUGACUUACUGACAAAGCAUCAGAGAUCAGGGAGCUAGUUAUGCUGAGUGGUUCGGUUAAACAUCCCAUAAACAAGGGGUGGUUCUCAAGCUGGGAGCCCAGGUUAACCCUACAUAUUACUUCCCUCACUCUCCCAGACAUCGAUACAGUCCUCAGCAGACCUCAUCCUUGGGUCAGUUUGGACAAAAUGCUCACAAUUAUGGAGUAAAAGGAGGGGGUGGAAAUUCAAUCAAUCAAUCAAUCAAUCAAUCAAUCAAUCAAUCAAUCAAUCAAUCAAAUUUUAUUUACAUAGCACUAAUUCAUAACAGUUGUCAUCCCAAGACACUUUCCAAAGAAAAAGAGCAGGUCUAGACCACGCUCAUUGUUUGAUAAUUUAUCAAGACCCAACCUUAAGAUAGGACAGAUUUGACCCAUCUCAUCUGACAUGAGUGACAGUGGCAAGGAGAAAUUACCUUUUAACAGGCAGAAACCUUGAAAAGGACCAGACUCAUGUCAGACAGCCACCAAUUGUGGCCUUAACUUCUGCAAGUCAAGAUGGUGUGGCUGCACUUCUGCCUUUUUAGGUCAUAGAUAUCACAGGUGUCAACACAAGGAAAUUUGCUAAUUUUAAACACCAAGAAAGCCACUGUAAUAAAAUAAUAAUAAAACGAUAAUGAUAAAACAUCAAAGAGCUCACAGAUGCAGUAGCUAAUUGUAUUGCAAAAAGCAUGCUACCAGUAAGCACUGUUACAUUUCAUUUUUUAUAUCAUGACAUAUAUUGAUAUAGACUGAUGUGAAAUAAAUAUAUUGGGAUAAACUUUUCCCGUAUCGCCCAGUCCUAGCUGGACUUUUCACAGUGGGUAGCACCAUGGGUGGCUUGUGAGAUUUUAAAAGGGGGAGGGGGUAGUUGCAGGAAGUGGUCUUUGAGAAGGGUGACUGUCACUCCUCUCAUAGGCCACUUCAUAAGCUAACAUGAUGUAAUUACACCGUAUCUCAUCCCAGCACUAAUAAUGUUCCAUUUUUGUGCUGCAUGCCAUCAUUGUUGUGUUUUACACACUGAGCAGAUUUCUGGCUGUUACUCGACAAAUCCUGAAGCUUGCCAUGUUCGAUUUGACUCAACAGCUGCCAGUAUGACAAUAUGACCCAGAUACAACCUUUUACAACUCUAGCGCAUCAAUUUCCUGCUGAUACAGUAUACAACAAGCUAUAAAUGUAGGAUUUGAUGGGAAGUUUGACAUUGAACAACACAUAAUAUAAGCGUUUACCCACUGAUGGACAGGCAGUUGAACCCCCUUCUUGUUGAUGUAUACACUUUCUUACUCACUGCAAUUCUUCAACAGCUGUUGAUCAGAGCUUUGCUAUCACUACACCCUUGUACUUACUCAGUGCAUUCCAAAACAUUGUGAUAUUGAUGUGCCAGCGUGUCAUUACACAGCCUCCUUCUUCUCCCCACUCUGCCUCUGUUACUACCUUCAGGGAAGCAUCAGAGGCGCAGUGACUUUGCUCCACCAUUACAUCUCAGUGUGCUACAUAUUGCAGUUGAAUUGUAUCAGGGGUGUGUACUUCUCUCCUUGAAAUGGCAGUAGAGAAGCGCCUUGUGCGUUUUGCAGACAAACGAGGUUCACAAGCUCAGCAAGGUCUAGAAAAAUUGCUGCAGACUUUUUUUGCUCUCAAGGAAUAUUUAGAAAAUGAAAGGAAAGUAUGGUGCUUUGUCUGUCAAUGUCGAAAAGGCCCCUGCUCCAUCUUUUUGAAAUCGACAGGGAACAUGGAUUCAUACAUCUGUUCAGCGGUGGCACAUUACACCCUCGGCUCAAUACUACCAGAUUGAAAUCUAAAAGCAGGAGUGUAAAGAUCAAUGCUUUCUUAAUCAACACUCCAUCUCCUCUGUUAUCCGUGUAGGCUGACCAAAAACAAGCUCAAGAAAGCGCCUUGGCUUGUCACUGCUCACCCUGACUGGCAAGUACUGUCCAUGUUGAGAGUCCUGUGAUUCAUAUCCAUCUCCUCUCCAUGCUUAUAUAACCACAGAGUGCUGCCUGCAGACCACUCUGAUCACAUUCAUCUGCUGUGUAAACCCUCAUAAUAACCUUUCUCUAAAGAGUGCACAGAGCAGCGUUAAACCUUUUCUGGAGAGAGAAACUAGAUUUGAUACCAAGCUUAAUCAGAAAAUUCAGUCAGUGCAGUAAUAUCCAUUCUAAUCUAAAAACAAUGCUGUGGUCCUGCUCUGUCUUUGUGCUUGAUGAGUCUGUCUCCAGCUUCACUGCUUCAUGAAAUAGCCAUUUUGGCAUUGUACCUGGAAGCGUUCAUGUUGCCAGACCUGCAUGUUGAUUCAUUGUCCUCCUGAUGGUUUUUGUAAGAUAAAAAGGGGGUUGGAUCCAUUCUGAACAGGCCUAGCCCUCCCUGCGAGAAUAAAUUAAGUUCUUGGCAGUCUGUCCUCUCUGUAAUUUGCAAUCGCUGUGAGGGAAUAGUUGUUUCUCUUGAACGUGCUCAGAGUUGUGCUAUUGCGUUAAAACGGAAAAGCUGUGGAAAGAAGUAUCUUGUAAAAAGAAGUGCUUCAACACCAGAGUGUUUACUCCUACUGUCUCUCAGAGAAAGUACACUUAAUAAUAUAAAGUCACAGGCAACAAUUUUUUUAUUCAUGGGCUUGCAAAAGCCAGCAGAGGACUGUCAGAUUUUGAGUGCAUUUCUAUAAUUUUAUCCAGCAUGAUGUGUGCUGAUGUUAAGCUGACUCAACGAGACAUGUUUCAGCCCUCUGUGAAAUGCUCUUUGAAAUGUGUCAUCUUAUACUGUUACAUUGGACCGUGGUUGCCAGGUUACGCAUUCCUCAUGUGAACCCUGUCAAGUAUGGACCAGCUUAUUUUUUGCUCAGAAAACAUCACUGAUUAUUCUGCAACAAAGACCAGCCUUGUUUUAUCUUAUGUUCUCUUAAGUACUCUCUGAUCUGGAUUCAUGGAGUGUCACAACUUGGGUUUGAGAGUGGAUAUUUCAUCAUAACUUUACUCUGUAUCUCAGAAAGACUGAAGAAAGAAACAAUAUGUUUUCUAAUAGUGCACUGUACUUACAGUUGUGCAUGCUGGAGUUAACUAAAGCUUUGCAUACUGCUAGCUUGAUAGUUUCUGCCCAUGUCUGUUUUUGUAUGUUAUUGAUAUGUUUAAUGUUGGUAAUAGUUUUAGACUCUGUUAGUGACCUUACAUUUGUAUCACCCAUGUUUUGCAAAAUUUGGCUUAUUGACAAUGCGCUAAAAUGAAAUUGGUGGGCUCAUGUCAUUUCCCACUUUCUCCUCCUAGUUUCUGGGUUAAUAUUAUGUCAACUCUUAAAAGACAAAAUAGCCAAGCUUCAAGCCAAUAGCUUCAAGCCAAGCUGGUUAACCAACUCAUAUAUUGUCAUACAUACCCUGUCAGGUGUGGACCAGCUUAAUUUCUUCCCCAAAAAGGACAGUAAGAAAGAUUUCUGUUACUGCAUUGACACCGUUUUCAUACUCAUUUGUCAGUAAAUAUUGUCUGUGUUGGAUUCAUUAGGUAACUAGCAAAAUCUGACCAUUUAAUCAUAACCCUCCAUCAAGAUUAGUCAGAUCACAUUUGUCUCGUGUCCCUUCAUGGUGGCUCUUCUGCUCACAUUUGGAGCUAUUAGAGAUAAUUAGACCCAUAAUGCAUCUGCAACCUACUGUGAUAAAGCCAGCCUUAAUGUCAGCUGGACACAGCUGCGUCAUUCAGAGUCUCUGCCAUAGCUGCUGGCGUUAAUAACAGCCUGUGUCAGGAUGUUCGACUAUAGCGUCCUUCUCAUGGCUUACAUGCAGCCUAUUGCAGUGCCCUGUUAUCUUUGUGUGCCUGAUCUGUUUUUACUGGACAAGCUUACAUCUAUGACGCAUGAAAUCUACUCGUCAACAUUUGUUUACCACUUAUACUCACGCUCAAUUGUGACUCUAGGACUUCAGCAGGCAGAAAUAUGGUAAUAAUGUUGAUAUAUAGUCAACCCCCUUUUUGCCACAGAAAAGAAAUACAGGGUAGUUGUUUCUGUGGAUAUCACUUACAGAGCUUCAUCUUAUGCUUAUUGUCAUUGUCUGAAUCUGCCAGUUAUUUCAACAGCUGAUAGAUUGAUAAGGUAGUCUUUGAAAUGUCAAAAAAUUCAAAGAUGUUUUGCUGAGUCGAAAGGGACAACUUUAAUUUGCUUCCCUAUUUUAACAUACAGUCAAAUUCUUAUGCGUGAGAAUCUGGAGCCAGCACUGUUGAGGCUUUUACUAUGAAAUAGUGGAUUAUUGGAUUACAAAAGUGGUUGGUAAUAUUUAGUCAUUUGUGUGAUUUACACACAAACCCUAAUAUUAUUUCUUAGCAUGGAGAAAAAUCAUGGCUAUGAUGAGGAAUUCUUUUCAAGCUACAGACUUGGUGUUUCUGGGAAUUAACAACCUCUUCUUUGAAUCUAUUUCUUUCAUUAAUGGAUAAAGCUAUUGAGGAACACGCAGCAUAACUAUGUUACAAUCGGUACUGAAGCUCAAACUGUAGAAAAAUAACAAGUCUGUCAGGCUCUCCCGACAGACUUAGUGGACUCCCCUGAAAUAUGGCACGGAAACUGACACCACAGCGGUAAGAUGACUCUGCAGCUUGAUUGACUAACAUCCAAGUUAACAGCUCUUAUAACAGAAGCUCCUGUAUCAGCACUGAAACAGGAUCAUGUGCUCUCAAAACAUGCACAUUCUAAUGCAUUUUAAUUAGGGUUGUUGUUACCUGACUCAGACUGUGGUUCUUUCAAACAAAACUUUGACUAUUUGUUACUUUCCCUAAGAUCAGCUCUGUAUUGAUGCCCCUUCAGCCUCCCUGUGUCUUGUGAUUUGUCUGAACAUUGCAAUGAUCCUGUAUGCUCUGGCUGUCUAAAUGCUGAUCGCUUUCUUUAGUGCUGCAAGUCAUGUUGACACCCUUUUUUAGUUUGUUUUACACAUAUUGUCCAAUCAAAUUAAGCCUACAUGUGUUUGGGACGUCUGAAUGCCAAGUUAUUAGAAAAGAGGAGACAGCCUGAGAAACACAAGUUGAAGGAGCCAUAAUCAGCUGUUUAGCAGCAUGUCUGUUUGUUUCAGUGAGGAGUAGAUCUGCACAUUACUCAGCCAUAGAGAAAAAAACCUAUUGAGGGAUCAACACUGAGGGGUCAUUUUAAGACCAGGUUGUUGUAAAGUUUAUAGCUGACCAUGCUGUUGAUUCUGCGUCGCUCUUGAGCUGAACACAAGGACAAAAAUUCAAGCCACUCUUUGCAGUGCACACAUGCUACGAAAUAAAACCUGAACCACAAAUAGCAGCUCUGUCUGCUUAUCAGUGCAGAGUUUACAGCCUUUCAGAGACCAUGAGAACCUCUCUGGGUAUAUUGUUUGUGUUUCAGGGCGGAGUUUCUGCAUGUUGCAUUAGAUGGUGUCAAAGUAUAAAUGCAUUCAUCUUCACCUGAUGUUUCACCUCUGUAGGACUGACUCGCCUAAGAAAAUAUUCUGACACCUUGAGGUUUUCUUUCCGCUCCCUCUCCUGCACUGUGACUAAAAUUAUAACAUCAGAAGCACGUUGCAUAAUAAUAAUAACAUAAAAAUGUAUAUGAGGCCUCUGCAGACUGAAGCGUCAGGAUUAAGCAGUCAGGUUUUAAUGCAUGUGCCUUGGAACGAAACGGGGAAGGCUUCAUUUUAGAACCGCCAUUUUAAUGCAACAUUUGACAAUCAAGCAGGGAGGAGUGUGUGUGGAAGAGAGACAGAGACGUCUACUUUCUUCCCUGACUGUGGUCUCAAUAAGCCAGAUUGCACUCAAGCCGCAAGCUGUUCUUUGUAAUUAAAAAGCCCAUUAUCCUUUUAGAGAAAGGUUAACAUAGUCAUACAUCCAAAGAACAGGUGUUAACAGACAGAGAUGUGUAUGAAACAACAGGUUGGGUUUUCACCCUGACCUCUGAUCACUUUUUUGUGGGAAAGUAAAAAGAUCUAUAUGCAUACUAGUACUGUAUUUCAUUGCAGCUGAAGGUAUUACAUAGAAUACAUGCUGUUAUAUACCACCACCAGUGCUAUCGUUGUAAUUUUUGCCUGACACAAGCAAAUGCAUACCCUUUUAAUAGUGUUGUAAUUUAAAAGCUCCCCAGUUGUCCAGACUUGCUUACAUGUCACACAUUUUACACCAUGAUAUUCACCGUAUCUGUGACAAAUUGGUAGAUUCAAAGUGGCUCCAUGGGCAGGAGUACCCACGUGUAGAGUUCCUGAGAUUACCUGUCAGUCACAGGGCUGGAGGGAAAUAUCUCAUGAACUGACGAGUGCCUAUUCUACAGAGACUCUUAAGCUGCUUACUAAAUGGGCAAGCCUUCACUGAAAAGUCCUAAUACCCCAAUGAAAACAACCAGGUGACAUAAUGUUUACAACAGAAAUUACCCACAACAAUUGCAACUCUGUCCAAGCUUUACAGAUUAUUGAUAACAGACAGGACGGUGUUUCUUCCCUUUAUUAUUUGAGAUCAAAUCAACACACAACACUGCUAAACACUGAGGUUGCUGUUGUGAGCUUGUCAUAUUUGACACCUUUUGUGUUUGUCAAGCAUUAUCAUAUUGUCUGCCAUGGACUGUGUUUGUUGUUGUGUUUAAUUUCCUGCCAAGUCAGAUACCAGCAUGACAUUUCCAACAGAGCUAUGUUUGAUCCUGAGAAAACCUCUAAAAGCGUUGACUGUCUCUGUCACUGUGAAGGUUCUUUCUUUAGUUUUACUGACGAUGAACUGCUACAGAAAAUGAGAAAUUUUGCUUCAGAAGUAAUUAUAAUAAUAAUAAUAAUAAUAAUGAUGAUCAUAAUGGCUUUAUUGUUAUAGCACUUUUAAAAACAGAAGUUUACAAAGUGCUUUGACAAAUAGUCAUACAGCACAGGACAUUAGCACAUGGACAUAAAAACAAAAGCUCAGUUAAAACAAGACCUCCGAAUUGAAGGCCAAUUUCAUUUGUCAUAAGGAACCAAGACAAUACAAGACCCUGCAACAUAAACUGAGACCAUGAGGACUAACAUAAAAACACAAAAUAGGUAAGAAAAAGAAAUGUAAUCAAAAAGGUGGGUUAAAAGGAGAAAACAGGAUAGUAAAUAUAAAAAGACGAUAUUAAUAAUGAUAAUAAAAUAAUCACAAAAUAGUAAUGAUAGUAAUAGUAAUGAUAAAGGGGAUACAAGAAAAACGAGAAAAGAAGAAGUGGCAAACAUCACUAGUUUCUUCACUGGGUGCAGCCUCAAAGUAAACGGAUAUGAGUUUGUAUAUUUGCUCAUUUGUCUCUGGUCAUUAGCACAUGAAGUGGCUUCCUUAUCAGCACAUCAGCACAUCAGCACAGCAUUACACAACAUUGUUCUCUGUCAACCACUAGUUUUUUUUGUUGAAAUAUCUCAGACAGAUUUGCUUCAGUUGAGAGGUUUGUUUUUUUAAUACUAUGUAGCUGAUAGCAGCAGCAGCAUGGACGAGGAAGGUAAGGGGGAAAUGGAGACCUCUGCCAACUUCAGUAGAUUUAUUGCGCGUACGACAUCUUUAUAGGUCUUGGCAUUUGAAAAAGUCAAAGAUUACAAAUUAUGACCAACACCACAGUUCGUCAUGUUUUAUAACUCAGAAAAACAGCUGAUGUAGUGGAAGUGAGGUUACUUCCACAAAUAUUGUGUCCCGUCUCCAGACUAAAAAAACUUUUCUUUGUUUUUCUUGUGUUUCAGGUUUGACUCUGUUCCAGGGAACCAUCACAAUGACUACUGAGAAACUGCUUUGCUGCUUUACUGAGGAAUUUGCCCGGUUGUAACAGACAUACACCACUGCAUAAAGAGGGAACAUUAAUCCUAGAUGCCGUGACAUACAGGACGUGGCCAAUCCAAGAUGGAGAAAAAGAAAAUGUGCCCCCGCCUUCUCGACUACUUAGUCGUGGUCGGAGCAAGGUAGGUUCAUCAUUUGGAUUUUUACUAAACUAGAUUUGAACUGAAAAAGGAAAUAAAUAACUCAGGCAGAUAAUGUAAAUAAUGUAAAUAGAUGCUCUAAUUUUGUUUUUUAAAACAAGAUGAGAUCUUUUCUUUAGCAACAUGCUAUCUUUUUACAUUUAUUGUACUGCACAAAAGGUUCACGCUAAAAGAGAUGCUGUUUUACUGAUUUGAACACCAUGAUGUGAACUUUAAGUGCUCAUAACGCAGUACCACGUGAUGUGGCAUGCAUAAUUAGAGACAACAGCACAUUGUCUCAAACACUUUGGCCGUGGAGGGGGAUGGUGAUUCACAUGAACACAGUGAAAUUAGUCAAGUGUCCAUUUAGUGACUGCAUUUAGAGCCACUUAGUAUUUCUACUGGAGUUGUAGGUAUUUAAGUGUUAUGCGUGAAGGCAAUUGUCGUCGCUGUGGGCUGGAAUAGUUAUUUGUUUAACCUCCCUGACCAGAUGUUAACAGCUUGACAAACAAAUGAUUGGCCUCUGUAACCACAAAACCACAUCCAGGCCUUUGCUCCCUCAAUUAUCCAAAAUGUUUCUCUGCACAUUUAUCCAGUCUUUUAAGCGCCUUUUGAAACUGCAUGUAUGUACGUGCUGACUGUUGUUGCUUUUGUCAGUGAAAAUGCCAAAAUUUGCAAUUUGGAAUAUUGUAAACUUUAGCACAAUACUUUGACUCAGGAGUUAACAGUUAACUAGCUACACUUAGUCAAUCAGAUAGUGUUGUGGAUGGGACACUUAGAUGAGGCACAGAGGAAGACGUGGAAGAGGGAGCCAAAGUAGCACACUUUCAUAUGAUUACUUUCAUCUGCCUGAGUAUCAGCCGGGUAAUCGCUCUAACCCUGGUUUGUUUAUUAUAGGGGACAUGUUUUUUCAUAAAUCAAUGCCAUAGAAACACAGUUAUUGAACCACAAAGAGUAAAUGUUUUUUCAAUCAAUCGAUCAAUGAUUUAUGCACCCAUAGGGCCAAUGCUGCUUUCAGAGUAAAACAAAUAUUUAUCCCUCUUUCCUCCAGGCAACCAAGCAGUGACAGUGUGGCCCAGACACCUCAGCUCCUACGCCGCUACCCACUGGAAGACCACCAUGACUUCCCACUGCCACCAGAUGUGGUGUUUUUCUGCCAACCAGAGGGUUGUCUGAGUAUACGCCAGCGCAGGGUCAGCCUCCGUGACGACUCCUCAUUUGUUUUCACGCUGACCGACAAGGACUCGGGAAUCACCCGCUACGGAAUCUGCGUCAAUUUUUACCGAUCAUUCCAGCGAGGACAUCACCGUGCUCGUGGGGACAAGAGUGGACACACGGAGACAGCAGGACAGGCAACCGGUGACGGAUCUGAUGGCAGCGGUGCAGGCCAGCCACCCUCAAAGUCUCCAGCCAAAAGUGCUGAGUCAGCACCUCCACCUGCCUCAGGAGGGGAGAGUGGACAGCCAGGUGCCGAACUUAACACUGGCAAGUCCCCACAGCACAGAAGAAACGCUGCCAAGAUGGCAGCCAGGAACCGCAACAGCACACUGACCUCACUGUGCAUACUCAGCCACUACCCCUUCUUCUCCACCUUUAGGGAAUGCUUAUAUAUUCUCAAGAGGUUGGUGGACUGCUGUAGUCAGAGGCUAACCCAGCGGGCAGGGCUACCUCGUGCCACCCAGAGGUAAGGCUGAACCUGUGUUUCCCUGCUUUUCAACUGUGAUCUUGUUUCUUUCCUGGUAAAGCAUUUCAGGAUACCGCGUGGAUAAUUUAGUUUUGAUGUGUUUUCAAGUUUUUAGCAAAUUUAUACUUCCCAGACAAUGAACACUUAUUUCUUUUGACAUCUCAUGACCUUUUUGGUGAGGCCAACCUCAGGCCAAAAGCUGAGUACUUGCAUAAUACUGAUGGGAUGCGACUUUGAUUUUAAUCAAGCCACAACAUUUCCUUUCACACCCCCAAUUUUGGUGAUAAAUUGUUAGAAAAACAUUCAGUAAUUUCUCAGAAAUUGUAAGGAGAGUAUAAUAAACCUUGCAGACUGUGGUUGGGAUGGGUGUGUGUGGGGGUGAGUGUUGUUAAAAGCCAAUGGCCCAUAAAGUCAGAGUUCAACCUAUCACGCUCUGAUUUUCACCUUGGGGCAAAAACAGUCAGUCCCACAUUAUCAGCCAAAGGCUCAAAUGCCUGUAGCUAAACACAUCAUGUCAAAAGAUUUUUUUAUGUUUCUUUUUCUACCUCCGUAGAAAAGGUUUGAUGUCACAGUGAAUAUCAAUCGUUAUAUCCCAGUGUCAUUGCCUGAUGAGACGGCCCAAUAAGUGGACAAAGGGCGAAAUCCUCUGACAUUUAAAGCUAUUUAAAGAAUUAUAAGUCAUUAUUUCAAACAAGGAUUAAAACCAGGCCUCUCAGAAGAGGAUUUUUUUCUGUAUUUUGUUAGCAGACAGAAUUGACAUAAAGGCAUUUCCACGCAGAACACGAUCAACUGAAAAUGAAGAAGCAGCUACCCCCAGUGGAGCUGGAAUUUAUUUAUGAAUUAUUAAAGAAGAUGGACAAAUAUUGAUUAAAUAUUCUCUACUGGUUAGUUUUUCAGAGGCAUCUUUUCAUUCAUAUUAACAUAAUGGAUCACAUAAAAAUAACCCUCAUACAGUUGCUUAUUUUUCUUGGGUAUCAAACGUUCACAGCAGGAUUAUUUUACAGAUACAGCAAAAAUGUGUUGUUUUACCAGUGUGUCUGUUUAUGUUUUCAGCACAGCUUACUGCUUUCCAUAUCCUUCCAUCUGCUUCCCUCAUUGUCCACCUGCUAUGUGUAUGUCUGUGUGGCAGAGUUAAUACAAGAGCUUUUGUCUGUGGCUCCAUGCAGUUCUGCCGGCCAUCUGCAGCUUGUGUCAUGUUUUCACAGUGUGCUGUACGAUACCACACCCCGCCUUGAUGGUAAACAGUGACAACUAAAAUAUCCACAGUUUUGUUUUGAAAGGUUUUUAUCGGAGCAAAUAAUGUAAUCCAGAGAUGCAGUUUCAGCUUAAGUGCUGUCACGGUUUAUAAGAGUAAUAUUUUUAUAUAUACUAAGAUUGUGAAGUCUUUGUCAUAAAAAAGGCCCUAAAUGCACAGCUAAGAAACAUCCGGGCCCCUUUUUAUAAUCAUCGUUAGAGUUUAAGUAUGGCACUGAAAUAGUGGUGUUAUGAUGUGCACCUGUUUUAAAUAGAGGAUACGUGUAGAUGUAAACCAGAACAUUUUUGGAGGCAUGCUAUUUAUUGGCAUAAUUCCGGUAUUGGAAGAUAAUAGCUUUAAAAUGAUAUGAACAUUUCUAAGUGACGUGCAAUCGAUGACAUCUUACACAUGCUAACAGUUGAACGUCCAAGUUUGAGGUAAAAAAGUAGAUAGUAGCGGUCCACCCAUAUUGGUUUCUCAUUGAUUCAUUGAUCUACCUCUAAUUCAUUCGUUCUACUUCUGAAACAAGAAGACUGUCAUUAUAAGAGUAACAGGUAAAUUCUAGUACAGGAGAUUUCUGCUGUUAGUUCUGGUACUGGUAUAAGCAAACUUGACUUUCAGAACCUUACCAUAUUGGUCAAAAUCUGGCAUCAUGCCCUCUUGGAUAACAGUCCAUCAGAAUCACUACACUUGUGUUUUAACUGCGCAGUAUUCCUGCUGAAUUAAUGACUGACAUGUGUGAAGUAUUUUGCUGGAAAAAAAGAGUUGUUUGUCUGAGUUUAUGAGCACUUGGGUUGAUUGGUUGAGCUGCAUGUUGUAUUUUCUUGUUUCAUUAUAUUGUGAUGUGGGAAUAUUUGCUUUCCUUCAGUUGCCAUGGAAACACAAAAGAUUGUGAGUUUUCUGUGAUGAAGUUUUAAUUAGGCUGUCUUUUAACUCCAGCCUUUGCCCAGUUUGAUUGUCAGUCACCCAAUGUGGACAUGUUUUCUUUCCGUAGUUGUCUAUAUAUAGUUGUAAAAGCAGUGCAGCUCUCCCCACAUUGAUAAAAGGGAUUAUAGGAAUGUUAGAUUCACAGUUAAUCUCAUACCUUCACUUUUCACUCUUCUGAUAGUGGGCUCUAGUGGGUUCUCUUUGUAUCAUCAAAGUAAAGCCGUGAUUUCUCUGACAACCUUGAAAUGGCCAAUGAAGCCAAAGGCUGCGCUGACCAGAGGAUCUUUUUUCCUCUGACAUGGUUGGUUGAAAUGUGGUGCGUGGCAAUGACAGAGAAGGAAGAGAGCCAUUGCAUAAUGGCUGCAAGCGCUUUGUGCCAUGGCGGCUCUGACAGAUUGAGGUCUCUGGCUGCCUUCGGGUAGCAGCUGCAGUAGGUGGGAGGGCUUCAAAGGACUAAUGAUUUAUCUCCCUCCUUGCCACACACACACAAAGUGUAUACACUCUAGAAAUGGUUAAGUGGCACCCUGUGUGUGAGGAGUGGAGGGUUUUCAAAUCAAUAACACAGCAAUAGCUUGAGAGCCUCUGCUGUGUUUUCAAUCUCAUUUGCCCAUCAUAUUAGUGAGUGUUUGUAGAGGCCUCAUGGUAGUUGUUUUAAGCGAUAAAAUGAGCAAUUCAUUUCAUUUAAACUACUUUGCACUUUGGAGUAACUGCUGACUGAUAUGACUACACCUUAUUCAUUAAGUCUGGUAUAUUUUUCUUAUUGGUAAAAUAUUUGAACUUCCAAUGUGGUGAGGCUAAAUUAUGCUAUUUGUCCUGUGUUACAAGCUACUUCAGCCACUAAUGAAACAAUCAGUCAUUACCCAGCUAGCAAACAUUCCAGUUAUAUGAUUAAUAAUUUUAAUAUCUGAUGUUCUAGUUUAGUCUAGCUUUUUUCAGGGAAUCAUUGGCACAAACAAAGAGAAUUGAGUCAUACUUGAGAGGCUUUCUUUGGCUUAUUGGUCCUUGAAUUCCCCAGCUUACUCCAAAUCCCCUCUUUUGUUUAAAAUCUGUGAAUUUGGUGGGAGUAAUGCAACUUCCAGCUGGCCACUUGCAAAACACCUUAAAACAACAAGCUUCAAAACAAAAAAACACAAAUAAAAAAUAGUGAUUUUUCUUUUUUGAACCACUCUGAGAAAGGAACAAAGCCCUGAGACUACGCUGCCUUCAAAGAGCUGCUAUUUCCAGCACUGUUUAAACAAAGUAUCUUAAAACUGUCAGAUUUUUAUAUGAUGCUCUAAAUAGUUUGGACAUUUGGUGGACUUGGAAACAAAAAAUUGUGGCUGCCAAGUUUUUUUGAGGCAUCUUUUGACUUUUUACAAAAAAAAUGAUCGCAAACCGAUUUCAAAACCAAGGUGCACAUUUUCUAUGUAGCUCUAAAGGAAAUUACCGUAUGUACAAAGAAUUCUGACCUUUUAUGUUGUUUAUCUUUUUAGAGACACCAUGUGGCGUGUGUUCACUGGGGCACUGUCGGUGGAAGAGAAAGGCAGCCAGCUGCUGGCUGACCUGCGAGAGAUUGAAUCCUGGAUUUACAGGUUGUUGAGGUCACCGGUACCAGUGGCCGGUCAGAGGCGUGUGGAUGUGGAAGUUUUGCCUCAAGAACUCAAACGAGCACUCACCUUUGCCCUUCCUGACAACUCUCGCUUUGCCAUGGUUGACUUCCCCCUGCACCUGCCCCUAGAGCUGCUGGGUGUGGACGCCUGUCUGCAGGUCCUCAGCUGUGUCCUGUUAGAGCACAAGGUAAGGAUAAACACAGCAUCAUCACUCUAGCCGGUUUCUAAGUUAUACUUCUAGGUUUUAUUUGUGGUCUCAUUCAAACAAAAUCAAGCCCCAGCUGAUUGUUUCAGGGAGAAAGGCCUGGCCAUAGCAGGUUUAGUAUGUUAUCAUUGGUCAGUGAUUUGUUCUGAGGUGUAGCUGCUCGUCUCCCCCUGCCCUGGAGAAGGAUUCUUCAAAAGACCUCCAGAGAAGUGGCCUUCAUGCGUCAUUUCCUCUCAGGCUUUGAUGUAGUGGAGGUUAAAAAAGGAGAAGCUGUGGUGUGUGACUGAAAGUGCAGGCACUUCAUCUCUGUUUCUAUCGUUAACACUGAAAGCAUUAGUGAGGCUGUGAUAGAUAUCCCUCUUUGGCAGUGCGGGUGUUGUGCCCUGUUGUUGCUCUUGGUUUUCUACAACAUUGAUACUCAUUUGCAUUUAUCCUUGAUUGAGCCCAAGCUUCACAGCUUCACUCACACUGCAAAAACACCAUACUGCUGAUAAAUGAUGGGCAGUUUAUUUGCUUUUCUGCCCUUCAGCUUUUUUGAUUAGAGAAUAUAAAUGGACAACCCACGUAAAAAGAUGUUCACCCACUCAGAGGGUUUUAAAGGUUCACUGCGCCUCCCCCCUGCUCCUCUUUGGGGUUGAUUACUGAAAAGAGAAUGUUCACCUGUAUGAAAUCCUGCCAUCUUCUAUUCUGUCUGUUCGUUUUUUGUUUGAGGAUGAAUUCAGAACAUCAUUAAAUUCAUUCAGGCUGAACUAAGUGAUGUCUGAAAGCUUUCUGAGUGACUUCCUUUCAAGGACUUUUUGCUGCCAAUUGAAUUUUUAUAUGGGCUCAGUUUUUCAUCGGACGGCCACGAGGCAAAAUUUCUUUGUUCACACCUUAUACAUGCAACUAGGAACUGAACACAUGAAUUUCCUAGAAAUACAUAGAAAUACUAAUUUUUAUUUUACUAAUCUUAUGUAUUUUAUGUAAUUCUGAUUUAUUAAAUUGUACACUUUUUUCAGGUCAUCCUUCAGUCUCGGGAUUACAAUGCUUUGUCUAUGAGUGUCAUGGCUUUUGUGGCCAUGAUCUACCCUCUGGAGUACAUGUUCCCUGUCAUCCCUUUACUGCCAACAUGCAUGGCCUCUGCUGAGCAGGUAAAAUGUACCCUCUUCUAUAUACUUGUCCAGGAUUUAGAUCUGUUUUUUUUUUCUUUUUUAUAGCAACAAGCUGUACUUUACUGGCGUAUCUUCUCCUCUCCACAGCUACUUCUCGCCCCCACCCCCUACAUAAUAGGUGUACCAGCCAGCUUCUUCCUCUACAAAUCUGAUUUCAAAAUGCCAGAUGAUGUGUGGCUCGUGGACCUUGACAGCAGCAAGGUUAGAACAUCCACCUGGUGCUCUGCCCUUCCCUCUGAUCUCAAUUCGUUUCUCUAUGUCCACUGAAUAAAUGUUUUUCAUAAACUAGUUAAAGAACUUUUUUUCUUCCUUUUCAAAUUAUUUUUUGGUUUUUGUCUGCAGGUUAUAGCACCCACCAAUGCAGAGAUUUUACCACCUCUUCCAGAGCCUGAAGGGGGUGAGCUGAAGAAACAUUUGAAACAGGUAACGAAUGCAGUUUGUCUGAUGCCUCUUGGGUUUUUAGCAGUUUAACAUUUUCUCAUUUUGGGCCAGGGCCCAGACUUAAACCAGUGGGAUUACUGCUACUUUUUCAGAGAAAUUUCUGGAACCCAGUUAGUGCCGUGUCGCCAAGCUAUUUUUGUCCCCGUGACCAUUAGUAGAUUCAAAUGUGUAAAUAUAAACUUCUCUUUCAGCAGUAUGAAGAUUAGGGGCUUCCUCCUUCAGCAGAGUUGUAUGUAUUGUAGAAGAGUGUGCAAGCAUUUGAAAUGAGUUUUGAGGUGUACUAACAUGAACAAAUGUUUUUCUUUUUCCCUGUUUUUGUUGCAUGCUCUAGCUCUUGGAGGUAAAACCAGAUCAUAGGACCUUGUUACCCAAGCCAAACCUUUAGUAAUACUUUGCUGGUAGUAACUAACAUGCCCCUCUAACCCUGUUAUCCAGCAUAAUAUUGGAAUCUGGUUCUGAUUCAUGGGAACACCUCACUUUUAUUUUUCCAACAUUGCACAUGCAACACAAGUAGACUGUCAUGUAUCAUAGAAAUGAUUUUAAUGAUCUCUUAGUGUACUCAGUGUGCUGUUAGUUCACCACGGCUGACCUUUUAGCAGUCAUUUGCUGUUGGUAAGAUUGCCAUGCAUCCCAUUUUCUUCACAGUGCUUCUGAAAAUUUGUCAUUAGACUCACAUGUUGAUGAUCUAAGAUCAUAUUUGAAUGGGUGCGUGAAGGAAUGUUAAAAACAAUCUUAUCCGCAGUAAAUAUCAAAACUGGCAGCAAUGAAUUCAAUCUUUGUUUUGAAAUUUACAAACUAUUUUAUGAGACUGACGCUAAAACCCUGCAACAUCCACUAUUUCCUCACACAUAGGGAUAACAGAGAUACGGCUUUUUAAUACAAACAUUAAGGUUUUUGGGUUUAGUUAAAUUAUGGAAUAAAAAUGAUUUAAAAACAUGUAAGAAUUUUAUUUUUCAUCUGUCGUCCCACGCUUAAGUGUUAAACAGAAUUUGUAAAAUACAUCAAGGAACAGCAUUAAAUAGUUUUCAAGCAGCCAAGAUAAAGCCCAACAGUGAAGUCAGUACAAACAGAGUUAAUUGUUUUUUUUGUCUGUGCUUAGUUGACUCAUAUUCCAUUUAAAUUUCACUCUGAAACUCAUUAAAAAUCAGUGCAUAGGUUAUAAUCCGAACAUACACUUUUUUCUUUGGUAUGCCUUGAAUCAGAGCCGGUUCGUUAGCUGUGUGUGAUAUGCAGCUCUCUCCCCUGUGUGCGGAUGUGUGAUGAAAGGCUGGUGUGUAGGAGUGUGUAAAGCCUCAGUUUAGCAGUUGUGUAUUUGGAAACAAGCACACAAUAUUGGUAUCUGCGAAUAGAGAAAAUGUCACUUGAGGUGGUUUACUGAGUAUUUAAAGCCUGUGAUGCCAAAGCAGAAUGCUGUGGAUGUGAGAGUCACUGAAAAUACUUGCACUCGACUCUGGAUGACUCGAAUAAAUCAGACAUGAUGAGUGACUGAUUUAUUGACAUUUACAGAAAUGGUGAUGGUGUUGUUUCAGCUCACAAUGAGAAGUUACCAUGAGGGCUUUUAUUUUGAUAUAGGCUGUGCAAGUAUGGUAUCUAUGUUUGUGAAAAGAUCUGCUGUUGUUGUAUCUGUCAUCAUGGCCACUCCAUUGUAACCACUGGACUUUCCAGUUGGUCACCAUGGAUGGCCUUCAUGUGUCUUUUAGCAGCUUGAUUCUGUAGGUAAAGUCUUUUUGGUCACAUUAUUGCUUUAUUGUCUCACUGUCCUCCAUUGUCUUCUGUCCAAUUCUCUCCUCCUCUGAUUGUCCAUCACCUUAAAAAAGAGAAAUCACACAAAAGUCGCUUUUCUUAUCUCUUUUCUUCAGCAAAUUGAGGAAUCAAAAAUAAAAAUCACAAAAAAGACAUCUGUGAUUGCACAAGCAAAUCAAACUAUCAUCAGCAUUUCUGUCAUGGUUUUAGAUCUAUUUGAGUCUUAAUCAGGUGGAACCAAAAUACUCCUAAUCCUUGUCAGCCAAAUACAAACAAAAAAGGAAAUGGUGUUGAAAGGAGAUCAAGAAAAGCAAAGGAAAGGGCUGAAGUUGUGACCUUUCCGUCAUGUGCUGUUCCAGUGUGAGUCACAAAGUAUCCAUCCCAAGCCUUCAUGUGAUUCUCCUCGCAUCUCUCUUCCUAGUGUCUGGUUAGGUUGACCGUGAUCACCCAAAAGCAGAUCUUCUCCUCUGAAAAUAAGGUUACUCAUCUCUCCUCCCAUGGAAUGUGUAAUGCCCCUGCACGGAUAUCUUCUUCUCUCUCACAUUGUUUUGCUUGUCACUACUACUUACCUCCUACUCUUUCAGACUUGAAUAAAAAUGCAUAACAGUGUCACCGAAUGUUGCGGACCAGUUUUUUGAUACACUGCUUAGCUCUGGCUUGAGCAUGACUGAAUGUGCGUGCAUCUAUAUCUUGGCAUCAGUGAGUGUUCUUACAACCAAAACAAGAUAUGAUGAGGCCAAUCACCUCUGAGAAAGUUAACAUCCAUCAAGAUCCAGCAACUAAAUGUUCCAUUAUGCUAAGCUAAACAUUGAUACUUGAGUUUGCAGCAGUCCCCUCAAGGCAAACCAUGCAUAGUGACUUACUCCCCUUGUGCUCCUCCUCUCCAAGAUGGCGCAACCACCAGAGGCAUCAACAUUCACAAAAAUUACCCGCAGGCUGCUGUGUAUAUUAAGAUACAAAAAACACAAGGUUGGGUGCCUAUAAUUUCUACUAGCUUUUGUCACUUGGGUAAACUACUGGGCAAAGAGGGGUAAUUAUUCAUAUGGAGUUUAUUGGAUUAUCUCUUAAUAAUUGUUAUUUGUUUUCAUUGUAGCAGCCUGUGUCUUUAGUAUUUAUUGUUUUCUUUUUUUAACCCAGAGAGAGGGGGAAAAGUUCACAAAUGUCAGCAGUUUUAACAAAAUGUUGAUGCCGAAAGUGGGAGUGUUCCAUCACAGCGCUUGUAAUUUUGAUUUUGGAUCCACUGCUGUGUUUUUAAUUUGUGUCACUGUCACCUUUUCUAGGCUUUGGCCAGUAUGAGCUUGAACACCCAACCAAUUCUGAACCUGGAGAAGUUUCAGGAAGGACAAGAGUUGCCCCUGCUCCCACCUGGACGAGACAAAGCAUCACCGUCCUCCACAGAGUUCAACCCUCUUAUUUACGGCAAUGAUGUUGACUCUGUGGAUGUAGCUACCAGGCAAGCCAUAAAUGUUUUUUGAGAUGUCCUGAUCUUCGGGUAAAAUAUGAAUAGUAUAAUAAUGAUGAGUUUAAGAUUAAACAAAAUAUUUAGCAAUUCAGUAAAGAUACAUAAAAGGCUUUUCCAGUCCCCACAAAAAUGAUUUAUUUACCCCUUUGUGUAAACCCUACUUGUUUCUUUUUAUACCAAGAUCUACCUCAUCCUUUUAUUUUCUCGCAUGUUCAGCCAAAACAAACAAAAGACCAUUCAAGCAUCUGCACUCAUUCUUGAACCUUUUAAUUAGCUUAUCAUCAGGUUAGAACUGGUAAUCCACUAUUUGUCUCAGCUGUAAGCCCUUUUGCUCUAAAAUGCCUGCAUUUCUGUGGCGACAUCAAACUGUUCCUCUCUCUGACACAUGACACAAGAACAUGCAGUAAUGUCACUGUAAUCCUGCUACUUUGAGGCUGCUGCUGUUAGAGUUCUGCCACUUAACCCACAAAUGCUCUAAAAAGCUUCAUUUUCAUCCUAGAAUGACUCAGUUUUGUUCUGUUUGAAAUGACUUGCAUUCUCCUAGUAUCUCAUCAGUUUUUUUUCAGUUCUCUAGAGCUUGCAGGAAUCCUAUUAACAGGUGAAAGUCAACUAAUUUAAGGGUGGCAUGUGAUGUACUUGAUUGUCUGCCCACCAAGAUGUAGACAGCAGCCACAAAAGGGUCACAUCUGCUUUAAAUAAAGGAAUGGGAACACUUAUGAGACUUGUUACACAAAUGCCAAGAAUAAUUUUUGUUACAUAACAGAGAGUGACAACAAAUGACACUUGUAGUCUGAGUCUAUCCUCUUCAUCCUCAGACUUCAUUAAAGUACCUAAAAUUUGGUCAUCCUGACAAGAAAUAUGUGUUCAUUCUUAUGGUUUAUAUGUGGAAUAGCUUAUAUAAUGUGCAGCAUUGCCGUAGUUUAAAUCUUUUAAUACACAUUAUAUAUCAACAAUAGUUUGAAGCUAAACAAACCUCUCAUCUUUACAGAGUUGCGAUGGUUCGAUUCUUCAACUCUCCAAAUGUUCUCCAAGGGUUCCAGAUGCACACUCGCACAUUGCGCCUCUUCCCCCGGCCUGUGGUGGCUUUUCAGUCGUCCUCUUUUCUUGCGUCUCGGCCACGACGCUCUUGCUUUGCAGAUAAGCUUUCUCACACCCAGGCGGUGGAGUUCUAUGGAGAAUGGGCCCUUAACCCCUCUAAUCUAGCCUUUCAGAGGAUACACAACAGUAAGACUUGUUUUUCACUCUAUUUGUAAAGUUAUUGUGGUUCUUACAUUUUAAAAAAUGUGUCUGGUGCAGCUGCAAAUGUAUGCAGUAUGGAGUAUCUAUGACUACUCCAGUGAAUAGUGAAAAUCCUGUACUAUAAUUUAUUAGCUUUUAAUUGACUUCUUCCUCCCCAAAUGGUUAACAUACACAGCUUUGAUACACUUUAAAACUGGCAGUAACAGCUACGGUUCAACUGCCGGAAAAAGCAACAGAUUUUAGACGAAUCAUCAUCUGGUGAUAGCAAACAGCACUGAGGUGUUAUAACAAAGCAUUUCAGCUGAAGCUUGCAAAAUUUUGGCCUAAGUAAGCCAAAAAUAUUUUUAAGGCAGUGUUUAAUUUUUGAAAGUGAAUAUCUUUGAAACAACUGCUUAAAAACACAAAAAAACUGUGGUUUUAUGGCCAAAAUGAUGAUCUUCCCAGCUCUCUUUGGAUGUCGGAAAAAGCUGCGUUCAUACACAUUAUAUAUGUAGUAGCCAAUACCUGAGUCUACAUACUGCACUUGCUGUUUGGAGUCUGUACCUUGUUCAAUUACAUUACAUAAAACGUGUCGAAGUAUGUGUUGUGAAUAUUAUGCCAUCCACAUUUCUGCCUCUGCCUCAGAUGUGUUUGACCCUUCCUUAAUUGGAGACAAGCCGAAGUGGUAUGCUCACCAGCUGCAGCCGGUGGUCUACAGAGUAUACGAUGGAAGCUCUCAGUUGGUUGAAGCUAUGGCAGGUCCCUUGGAGGAUGAGGGCAAUGAAUCUGACCCCACAGACAGGUAGGGAAGAACACGAUCCCUUUAUGCAUAACAAGUCUACUAAAUCUUGGUCUGUUUUAUUAUGUGCUGUGAGUAGUUUCAGUCUGGCAGCCCUGGAUAGCACACUUUUAUUUUGUUGCAGUGGUAGUGACAGUGAGGCGUACGACGACUCCAGCUCAUCCUAUUCCUCACUUGGAGAUCUUGUGAGUGAGAUGAUCCAAGGAGACAUCCAGGGAGACACACCAAGUAAGCCGUUUCAUUCAUUACAAUCCACACAUUGACUGCACCGCAUUUUUAUCCUUUCCCUUUGUGUAACACCUUUUAAUAUGAUGUCUCAGACUUGGACCCACCUACUCAUGCAGCGCUGGGUGACGCCAGUGAGGUUGAGUUUCAAGACUUUGAGGACUUCAGGGAAGGACAAGGCUCUGGACCAUCCAGUGGAGACGGACCUGCGGAACCUUCAGAUGGACAGCCUCUUCGCUCAAGCUCCAGCACAACUGCAAGCUCUAGUCCCAGCACAAUUAUCCAGGGUGUCAACCAUGUGAGUGAUCUGUUCAGUCAGUGCAUAGCUUCAUUUCUUACAGCUUUUUUCUUACAUUUGUUGAAAUCCUACAUAAUUUUUUAAUGACUGAUUUGGUCAGGGUUUAUAUACUUUAAAUUUAUUUUUUCUAUUUAUAUUUGACUUAAACCACACCUAAUACUGAUUCAAAGUACAGCUUAUGGUAAGUUUAGUUAAAGCUAAUUUAGGGUCAUGCAGAAUUAAUCUAGUCUGUUUGGAAGUGAUGGAAAGAAUGAAUGAGCAGUGAAAGUUCUUGUAUAAAAUGCACAAAGUGGGCUGUGUGUAGUACACUCAUGUGACCAGUGUGUCAGUGUAAAAUGCAGAGAGGGGUUUUCUAUUGUGUUGUGGUCUUUUACCCAGAAGAUGGUGCUCAAAGAAACAGGUAACCUCUGUGCCGUCAAAGCAUGCUGGAUGCAUAGUAGGGAAGACAGAUCUAGCAGCACCACCUUACAACACCUUUCCCUCCUCACCAGCUUGUAGUCAUGCACAGUUGGACACGGUUUGGUGAAUAAACCCUGUGGUUCGAUUCUCCUCAAUUUGAGAUGACAAUUGACCAUCACAGGGAGGCUAAUGUUAUUGAACCUUACAACUACAAACACUGUCUCUAAUAUACUCUAAAGGAGAUGAGACUAGAAAAAGCUUUGCAGUUGCUUAGAUGCUCUUUCACAUUAGAAGACAGUUUCAAACCUUUUGCCCUAUAGGAGCUCCCCAAAAUCUGACUGUGUCUUCUAAACCAGUGCAAUUUAUAUUUAGGACUUACUGCUUGUUUACCACAAGGAAGAAAAUCUGCACAUUUCCAAGUUAAUCAAUGUCUUUGUUUUUCCAGGAGCAAGGGGAAGUGCCUGAAAUUGAAGCUUCAGCAAGUGCAGCUUUACAGAACUCAGUCCCUGCACUGGGAAAUCAGCCAUUCCUCAGACCUGCAGCAGAAGCUGGCCUUGUGGAUCAAGGCAACAAAAAGCAGGAGUAUGAUAACCCAUACUUUGAGCCUCAGUAUGGCUUCCCCUCAGAGGAUGAUCCUGAUGCAGAGGAGCAAGUGGAGUCAUACACCCCUCGAUUCAACCAGAACCUCAAUGGCAACAAGUGUGUUAAACUUGUUCAUCACUUGAAUGAAUGCAUAAUCAUCAUUCAAAUGGGCUCUCUGACCAAACCAUGCAAUGUCAAUCUCUAUCAGAACCCAGCAUGUCAGAUCUAAUCUAUCCAUUCAUGGUGGUCUUGAAUCUUUGGUGGUGUUAUGUGGCGUGGUGUGAAUGCUUAAGAUCUCCCCACAUAAAUCAGCAUCUGUCUGUGUUGCCUGGGUUGCAUAGUGAUGUUUUUGACGUGUUUGUAGGGUACAGCGUCCUCUGCGUCCCAGCAGUCUGAGGCUCCCAGGGGAGUCUGACGGGGAGGGAGACUCUCGCAACAGCUCGCCAAACUCCACCAUCUCCAACAGCAGCAAUGACGGACUCGGAGGACUCAUGUCUUUUGCCAGUAAGAAUAUUUGAAUGCCAUUUGGGUUCUUUUCAGCUGAGCCCAGAUGGCACAACAUAGAAAGUGGGCUGAUCUGUGUGGGUGAUGAUGAAUUGCUGCACCAAAAAAACCAACAGUGCUUGUCAGACUUGAGAUCAAACACCCAGUUUAAAGGCAGCUGCAAAAGCUGAUUUAUUCCUACUUUUAUAAGAGUGAGCAUGUGCUUCUGGAUAAUGUUGUUUCUGAUACUUUUACCCCAGCUUUUCUCAUUUCAGUUCUCUCAUUCUCAUUUCAGGCAAUCUCUACAAAAACCAUGGCACCAGUUUCAGUUUGUCCAAUUUGGCCCUUCCCAACAAGGCAGCGAGGGAAAAAGCAACACCUUUCCCCAGUUUAAAAGGUAGGACAACGCUGCACCUUUCUGUCUGGGGUUCAUCGUGAGAUUGGUGUUAUUGUCUUCUUACUGUCUGUCCCACAACGUAUUAGAAAUAUGUAAAUAUAAGCUAAUUAUUCAGGGCAUAGAUAAGAACUCUUGAAUUAAGAGGAUAAGAGUUAUUUUAAAGGAUUUGAUAUCAUUAUCAUCAACAUUUUUGUUAAUAUGACCCACUCAUUUAAUAUUGUGUUGCACCAUUGAUUUCAUAUUUGCAGUUUCUACUCAAUAAAAGCUUUUUAUCUGCUUAAUAAGACUAAAACCAUCAACUCUUACAAUCUAAUUGUAAUCCUGCAUUAGUCAUAGUUUUUGCAAUAAACAUAAGUGGCACUCAUACCCACCACUAAAAAUAAACCAUAGCUAUUAACACGUUUAACGGAAAAACAUUUUUUUUCCAGUAUAUUUUAAAAAUACAUUAUUUUUUCUGAUUUUAUUCAUUUACUUUGUCCUUCUUUGCCUUUUGUUUUCAUUUUUUUUAUAAAGAAUAUUUCAAUAUUGAUAUUGAGGAGGAAAUGGAGCAAGCAGGUUUGUAGUGUGGUUUUCAUAGCCUGACUUUCUUCCUGCUGUAUUGCCAAAUAGAAAUGGCACUAUUUUGAAGGAGGAUAUUGAGGAUAUAUCAAAGUUUUUCUCUCAGGAGUAACAGGAAAAUCCACUCGAAAACAGAAUUCAGAAUUGUUUCAGCCAUGGUGUUGAUAAACCAACCCUUUAUGAAUAUGAAGUCUUUAUUUAGUAUUAUUUUUUUCUCAAAAUGUAGAUAAAUCUAAUAAUGUUUGACAAAUUUAUCAGAAUGAGCGUAUGUAUUUCUUGUAAACACUGAGUAAAUUUAGCUUACUUUCAUUUGGGAGCAGACAAUUGUGGAAAAUAUGGAUGGAAACAAGGAGCGAAGGGACUCUAGUCUUUCUUAGGGUAAGGGUACAGAUUUUAGUCUUCAGACAGAUGCAGGCUUAAACCUUGAGUUAUGGACAUGAGGAAAGAUAAGUAAUGCACUACACAAACAGAGCUGAGAGACUAUAACAGAGACUGUAAUUGGACCUGGGAACAGAGGCCAUAUUGAAUUUGUUUCAACUGGAUUUUCACAUUAGCUGAGAGAAAAAAGGUGAAGCAUGGUAAUGUAACUCAAUAGCUCCACUCCAUGUGGAAUAGCUGCCAUGGAAAAUGUUCUUUUCCUUUGAUUAUGAUGUGUUUUGUCUUUGUUGUUCAGAUGCCCCUGACAGCCCGGGUAUGUUAUGUCUGGUGUGAGAGUUUGUAUUAGCCCCCUCACUAGGUUUUCCUUGAAGUGACUUACACCUAUAUUGAACCCUGUUUAUCAACAUAGGACUAAGAUAGAAGGUGCUUCUCUGAUGUCAGUCAAAGCUGUCCCCCCUGUUCCUGAGCCCUCUCCCUCUCUAUGUGACUGGUGGAGUCUCUUGAAUGUGCUGUGAUGCUCACAUAACGGUCACAAAAUUCCCUCUGUGACCAGUAAUCGGUGUGGCAUCUGCACAUCCUUACACCCUAAAGAAGGAUGCUCAGUAACAUUAUAUCUGUGAGCGACUUUCAUAAAAAGUUCAGUGAUCUGGGUAUGUUUCCCACCCGCCUCACCUUCCUGCUUAAAAUGUGUGUUUUGUCCUGCUUUCUUGUCUGGUGGCUUCCAUUGUUGAGUGUUACCCUUUUUAAGGUUGUUCGUUAUACUAAAAAAGACAAACAAACAAAACUUUGAGAAUCCUGGUUUGUUUCUUAUGAAGUAUUUCUGCAGUGUGUCAUGAUUAUCUUUCUGUGUUUUUAACUUCUAUCAUGCCAAAUCCCAAGACAACUCCAUCCAUCCCCCCAGAGUUACAUUGUCAUCGUUGAACUGGACUGUUCAGCAUUACUCAAGCACUGAUACAUACGAACCAAAGUAUGAGCUGAACACAGCUCCUACUUGGUCCUAGAAAUGUUAAAUGUGUUUUCAGACACAUGUCAAUCAGGACUGAUAACAUCAUCAGUACAUACUGUCUUAUUCUAUUUUCUGUCUGCCCUUUUAUCUUUUACUUUUUAAUUUAUGUUGGCGCCAUGUUGAGUGUGCAUGUCUGUUGAUUUAUGGGUUGAUGUUCAGACUGGUUGUGUCUGGGCCGGUGUCCCUUUCUCUGUCCACCUUUCCUCGGCACUAAUUUUGGGUUUUGUGUGCAGUAUUUGGGCUAAAUUCUCUAAUGGAGAUAAUUACAGAGGCCGGCCCGGGGAGCGGAGAAGGUGGGUUCUGCCCUUUUAUCGAGUGAGCUGCAUGCUUCUCCAAGCCAGUCAACUACAUCUCCCAGCAUCCCCUUGUGUCUCUCCUCAUUUCAGUCACCAUGUUGUGUCAUCAAAGAUCUAGUGGGGUCUGUUGUCUUAUCAUGCUGCCAUUCAUAGUGUCUGCUCCCCCUGCCUCAGACUAACUGUGACUCCACUCCACUUUGUUAAAUUAAAUUUAUGGAGACAGCUCCAUCAGAUGGAGAUUCAAAAUGAUGUAAGAGAAAAAAGUCAGAACCUGGUUCUACUAAAAGUGAUCAAACGUAAAAGCGAGAGAAAAUCUUCAGAAUACAAACGAUACACAAGACUAAGAAGAUGUUUGAGAUAAGUAUGAAGAAUACAUCAGAAAAAGCCAAUCUACCAGCAUCUUUUGUUCGUCAUUGUUUUGCACCCUGCAGAUGAGUAUGUGGGGGUGGGGCCCUAUCAGGCUUUGGUUGUGCUGCACACAAUAAGCAGUGACUACUAAGCAGAUCAGCAAUGAUGAUGAUGCAGUGUGCCAGCAUUUUAUAGCUUGGGUGCAGUGUUUUUGAUAAUGUAGAGAGUAUUGUAUGUUUGCUGGACUGCUUAGGUGGGGUCAGGGUAAUUACCCUGCUGCUGUUGGUUUAGACGUAUUUACUCAAGAGGCUUUGUGCGGUUGUUUGUAUGUAAACAUGAGUGUGGAAAGAGCAAAGAGCUUCAAAUAUUGAUCAGAAAGUGUUCUAAAUUUAAUUAAAUGACACUUAAGUUUUCAUUUAUCUGAACAAAAACAUCUAAUUUCACCUUUAUCUUCUGGUAAUUUGUGUCUUUUGUGCUGUCCAAUUAUUGGUAUAAUUACAGGUUUUAUAUAACAGAGAUUUCACGCUUUUUGCAUUCUGCUGUGGGAUGAAUAUAACUUCAUGAAUUCCCAGAGGGAAAACUAGUUUGGUUGCUCAUGCACAAUAACAAAAGACAUAAUAAGGACACAUGAGAAACAGCUAACAACAAUUAUCACAGCAGUAAAAACACAAACACAAAUUUGUGUUUAAAUUUGAUCAACCACUGAGGAAUUUUUGACUAAAUGUGAAACAGACACGGUCCAAACACAUGUAUCACCAAUGAAUGUUAUAUGUUACUGUUCUAUAAAGCAGGAUCCGAUUUUUUGGUGGGAAACACUACCUACCCGUGAAAAGGACAUGACUAGCAAAGAGAUAUGAUGCACUUCUACACAAACCAAACAUUAAAAAUAACAUGGACAACAUGAUCUGUUUACCAUAAACGCAGAGAAGGAAAGUAUCACAUGCUGUUAAAAGUGUCUCAGUUGUGGGCAGAAAUGACUGUUUGCACCUCGGCCCCCAACACCCCCGCUGUGCAACUGUAAGCAUGUAACACCUUCCUGACCAAAGAAACAUGCAGACUAGAAACAGAUGCAUUCAUUUACUUUUAGGAGAAUGCAGUGUGCAAUGGUGUUAUCAUGCAAAAUCAUUGAUAAUAUGAAUCUGAUCUAAAAACUAUUGAUCUGUUUCAUGCUUAUUGUCUUGAUAGAGAGAUAAGUUUCCUUUAUCUGUCCCUCCAAAGGCAUUUCAGGCUUCAUAUUUUCCGCCACCCCCAGAAACACACCAGAACAAAUUCCUUAAUCACAAAAAUUAAGCUACACAAAAAUAUUGUACUUAUUUUGUAUCCCACUGAUGCUGAUGAGCCUCAUAUGAUGGCUUGUUUUGAAUCAACAGAACUUGCCUAACUUGUCUGUGGGCUCACCUGUCAGGGAACUCUUUCUUUAAAGCCUUUAAUGACUCAGUCUUAGAAUUCAAAUUGGCUUCCCUGCCAUCGCUUGUUACGCAGGUCAAAAAAGGAUUUGAUCCCUAAGAUCAACCACCAUUUAAAAUAGCAAUAUCCUCCAUUAACCCACUGAGCUCGCCUGGCCACAUUGACCAGCUACAGUUAAGAGCUGGGGUCUGGCCAAGACCUGCAGGCUGUCUUGCUAAAUAUGUUGAUGGAAGCCUCCAGCUGUAGAGGCUUGAGUCAGGCUCUUACUGUUUGUUUCCAACAAGCUUUCUUAUUUAACCUGAGACCUCAACUGUUCUGUCAAUGGUGGACAAAGUUUGAAAGGAGUUUCCUUCUGGUAUUCUUAAUCACACUUCAGAAAAGCCUUUGGGUUUCAGGUGCUGUUUAUAGAUUAAUGCAUGAAGAACAGCUUUGUAUCAUUAGAUUACGAGCUAACUGCUAAUAAAUUUGACUUGUGCAAACAAAAUAACUACAUUCAAGCCCCCAUGAAAUUUCAGCAUGAACAACAAUAACAACCCCUGCUAACAUAGAGACAAUACACCCGCCAGUAAUGAUAGAUGUCAGAUCAGAAAAGCUUUGUGUUCUUCUGUUGUAGGAGGCUGCUCCUCCUCCAUCCUCCAAAGCCUUAAGAAAAGGCUAUGAAUUGUAGAAAACUUGAGCUCAUGCUUCUCUGACGAAUGUCAACAGAUACGAGUACGUGCUGCACUCAUCACAUAGUACAGGAGAAGGCAUAUUGCAGUGAUUAGACAUAACCUUAAUAUUUGUGCUUACUCUCUUCAACUUUGACUCAAUCCUAAACCUAUUAGCACUGUGCCAGCAGGCACAGUGGAAUUUCAGACAGACAUUUUUAGCUGGAUUUUAGCUCAGACUUGGUUGAAAUCUUAAUCUGGAGGAAAAAAAAUAUUUGGCUGAAUGAUUUGUUGUUCUGAAUUCAUUCAAAGAAGGACCAUGACCUCAGUUUAUGGUGUUAAAUAAUCAGCAGUCUGGCUGUCCAACAAGUGGUAGGAUCAUGGCUGGUUAGGAAUUACAACACUGUUUUUGUUCCACAUUUCCACUUUCCUACACAUUUCCAGUCCUGUGCACACUAAGCAGAACAUGACUGUCUAACAGGCAGCUAUAGACAAGCAUCAAACAUGAUUCGGAUACCUCUGUGCCAAAAGUUGGACUUAAAUGCUGAAAAGACAUCUCUUCCAUGUCCCUGACUUUCUGUUGGCAAAUAUUUUCACUUUUGAAGUUUUAUAGAAAACUGCUACUUUCUGUUAUUCGUGCUACAGAUUUGCAAAUGCAGACAUAUUUGUCUGAAUACAUUUCUUGGAAUUUUUCAAUGAACCAAACCAAAAAGUUUGAGGGUUUUGUUUCCAAAGCAUUAACAUUAGCUUUAAAGGCUGCAGUUUUUGUGUAGUGGCAGCUCUUGAACUCCUGAUAUGAAUACACCAUUAAUAAUACUGGUAUAUAACUUGAUAAAAACCACAUCAAGGGAUUUUUCUAGUCCUGAGUUGCUGGAAUGAGCCACAUCUUUGACCUCAUUAAUUGCAGAAUGAAAAGCCUUCUGUGUCUAGAGGUAAUAAUUAACAGGCAAAUCAGCAACAAGCAAUGAAGAUAAUUAGCAGCUUCAUCAAAUGCCAAGUGGUUCCUACUGGCGUGGGUUAAGAUUGGGUCAAGUCUCCUACGUAGUGGUUUCUGUAAAAUGAGUCAGUGAUAAAUACAAUUCCCUUAUGUCAUGAAUACUUUAAUUUUCAAACUGUGUUAUAAUAAUUAAAGGAUUGAUCUGGUCCUGGCGCAUACAGUACACUCACAGAUCCUGAACAUCCAAAAGCUUUAGAGAAACUCAAUUAACUAAUGAAAAUGUCAUCGCCAUCCGCACACCAUUUAAUUUUCUUUCAUGCAUGACAUUAGUGACACACUAUCAUCUGUCUGACCUCACAUCUCUGUGCUGCUAAUGUGCGAUGCCACCACCAAGAGCACCAUUUGGACUCCUGUGUGCGUGUGUGUGUGUGUACUGAGAGUGUUUUAAUGUGCACCAUGUCCCUGUCUGAUCUGUCCUUCACCUCUAUACUUGUAAUAAUAGACUCUAGCAGCUGCAAUAGUUUGAAGUAGAUAUCCUUCUGUAGACUCCAGGUGUGUCUGUCCUUUCCACAAAGUGAUUCAGCUGCUCUUCCUUCUUCUUUUCUGUCUGAUGUUGUACCCUAAAAUAUAAAAAAACACACACUACUUGUUUGGAAAUUGUUUCCUAUCCUGGUUUCCUCCUGGUGAGCAAGUGCCUCUGUGUGUGUCCUUUCAACUUCUUGUGUGUGCUAUUCUAUUUAGUUACCUAAUAGUAGUUUGCACUCCUCUUCUCUUAUUUUGGUCACCUCUGAGUGUGCCAUUCAGCAGCCUUAUUGUUGUGGUUCUUCUCACAGGUGCUCGGGCGCCUCGAGCUCUCGUUGAUCAGAAGUCUUCGGUAAUCAAGCACAGUCCCACGGUGAAGAGAGAAUCACCCUCACCUCAGGGUCGUGUCAACAACACCAGGUAAUAAAUUCUCCCAAUUGUAGACCUACUCUUAACACACUCGUCAAGAUCUUGCUGUUUGUUUAAAUUUUCUGUAGUUUUGAGGAUUGAAACAAGCACAUAACAAGCACGGUCAGCAGCAAGUGUUGUGUAAUUACUAAAAAUAAGACUUGAUCCAUGUUACUUUGAUUCAGUGAAAACCAGCAGUUCUUGAAGGAGGUGGUGCAGAGUGUUCUGGAUGGUCAGGGAGUCGGCUGGCUCAACAUGAAGAAAGUGCGCCGCCUGCUGGAGAACGAGCAGCUUCGCGUUUUUGUGCUGUCUAAACUCAACAGAGCCGUACAGUCUGAGGAGGACGCCAGACAGGAGAUCAUACGUGAUGUGGUGAGACUCUUAACUCUCCUCACACUCUCUAUGAACUGAUGUGCCAAGACAAACAAGAUAAGCAACUCAGCUUGAGUAUUAAAAAAAAUUCAACAUCUGCGUGAAUUAUUUAAUUGUUUUUUUUCCCAUCUGUUGUGUUUAAGUGUUCAGCAAAGUUGAAUAAAUAAGGGCAGCUGUUCGUGUUUCCUCAUUAUGGAUGUCCAGCUUUUUGAUCUGGUUAAUCAUCUUAAAAAUGUAGGAAUAUAGUCUUAUUGCAUGUGGUGCUAUAUUUAGACACAUAACUCCCAGUACCAAAAACUCCAAGAAUAUCCAGCUAAGAAUGAUGUAAGACAGGAAUGAGUGAAAUCCUCCCUGAACUCUGAAGUUCAAAUAUAAAAAUGUAGGGGGCCUUUUUAUCUGUGCACCACACGACAUCUUCCAGCUAUAUUCCAUGAUGCUUGUUGCAUUGCUUCUAUGUUUCUUCCAUGUUAACAUCAAUCUUGACUUUAUUAAUGUGUUUUAUUCCCAGGAGGUCAGCAGGAAAGUGUACAAAGGCAUGCUGGACAUCUUGAAGUGCACCGUUUCCAGCCUGGAGCACUCUUACACUAAUGCAGGCCUCGGAGGAAUGGCCAGUGUCUUCAGCUUAUUGGAAAUAGCUCGCACACAUUACCAAACCAAAGGUACGUCACAGAAGUAAAGCAGAGAAAUGUAUACAUUAAGCGACUGAUUGUGUGAUUUGUGGAAAGUACAUUCAAUCAUUUCAUGUCUUAAAGACGUAACAGCAGCAGGCCUGUGCUACUAACACUUGUCCCUGUUCUUGCAUCGUUCAAUAAUAGGCUUUAUGCUGCAUGGACUUCCUAAAGCAUUAACUCUGUUGAGUUUAGACCUCGUUGCUGAUUGUCCUUCUUUGUACUAAUGACCCUCUUUCAGUCUAAACCUCUCCAUAUUUUCUGUUUCUGUAACUCUGUCUUCGGCACUUAAUUUUGGUAACUUGUUAGACCCAGAAAAGCGCAAACGAAGCCCUUCAGACAGUGCUAGCAGCCCUGGGAGUAAAGAGAGUCCUUCUGGUCGUAUGGAGACUGCCAGACCUCAGGGCUUCCUGAAUGUUCCCCACCUGCAGCUGCCGCACCACCCAACGGGCAAAGGAGCCCGCCAUUAUGAUACCCGGAGUCUGAACGAGGAGAACUUUAUUGCCUCGAUUGGUGUGUACACCACUCCUGCUGCGGUUGCAUGCGCGCUGUGAGAUGUCCCCUGCCCUGUACCUACUAGCUCAUCAACCUUAAUACCAAUCCGUCCCUCCCCUGCUCCAGCUGUCUCAAAGAAAGAUCCCUUCAUUUGCCCCUGAUAGAUUUUUACAGGAGAUCAAAUAUUCCACCCACCCUGACCUGAGACCCUGGAGAAAAUCUCUGGAGAGGCUACAAUAGACCUUUACCAUAUUUGGGUGUCCAGAAUAUUUAGGAUUGCAACUGAUUUUAAAAUAAAAAUCUAAAUUCUGAUUUUGGCCCUGAUAUGAACAUUGUUAUUGUGAAGUAGUGGCAGAGGAUGUCUGGAAUAUUUCCCUGUAUUUAAGGCUGGACUGCGUGUUUGUCCCCCCCCCCUCCUGACUCAUCUGUGCCCUUGUUUGCCUCUCUGGAGUUUUGUCGUUAGCCUCUUAGCACCUUGAAUGCAUGUCUUUGUAUAUUUGGUCUUCCAACACCUAAAUCUGCAGUAGUGGACGAGGGAAACCAGAGGUAUGUGCACCAAUAGUCAAAUCAAUGCUCGUCUUUGCUGCAGGUUUUCUGCGAGGUGUGCUGUAGAAAAAUCGCAGCUCCCUUUGCACUCAGCAUGGAGGGUGGAAGCAUCACUCCCCGGUAAACAGUCCCAGUAAAGAGACAAAAUCACAGCAGAGAGAGUUUUCUAUUGGUCACCAAAGAAUCAAGUGACUUAAAAGUUCCUAAAAGAACUCUUUUAUUGAAUUUGAUGGAGAAUCAUUCUGGGUCUGUAUACAGGGGACACGUUCAAUCGAACCACCCUGACACCUGUCCCACCUGCACCCCUUCUUUUUCCUGUUAGAAGUUGCACCUUCAAUUCUACAGAAUGCUGUGAGACUUGCAUCCCGGCUUCUGCAACUGCUCCAUUUCACCUGCUGGCUAGUCGGCCUCUCAACCCCAUCCCAUGCUCUUUUCCGAAUCAAUCUUCAACCUCUCUCUCUCUCUCUCUCUCUCUCUCUCUCUCUCUUUCUUGCUCUCUCCCUCUCUCACCUGUGCUCUGGAAAGCCAGACAAAUGCCGUCAGUGAAAUCAGUGGCCUGUGGUCAGAGCGUGAGGCUGAUUCUGACGUCACUGUGUGGCUCUCCAGGACUUUGGUCCAGGAGCUCUGGGUGUGUUGUAAUGUUACCUUAGUAGCUGUGUCACACAGCGGUCCAACUGGAGAACAAAAUCAUUUCUUAUUUAUUUGUGCGGAUUAAAGCCGAGCUACAUGCAAACAUUACAAAACACCUUUGUUUAGUAAUGACAGAUUCUCAAUGCUUAUUUUGUUUUUGUUUUGAUUUUAAUGCUCAUCCACCAUACAUGCCUUUUCAACCAGCUCUCUGACUCUCUCUCUGUCUUUCUCUCCUUGCUUGCAAUGCAUCUUGGGUAGAAUUGUGGAGCAAGCACCAGGAUAAGCAAAAAGCUAUGGAAAAACCACAGAGUAAGAGACUUUUUCACACACCAGAAAAAAAAGAGAAAAAGGACUGGGGUGUUCAGCCUGUUGACUUUUUUUCCCCACCCCUUCUCUCCCAGUUUUCAAAGUGAUUGGUGACUUUUUACCUGAACCAAUAAAGGGGUGUGCUUUUGUUAUGACGCUAACAUUGUACACAGGCAAAAGAGUCUGUGUUUGAGAUCAUAUUAUCAGAAAUUUAAAACAACUAGAUCAUGAAAUACAGAUGCUCUGUUUCAGCUGUGUACCUGCUGCAUGCGACUGGACUGCAGCAGUGUUUCGAAUAGUCACAUGUUAUUAAAAAGUUACUUGGACUAGAAAUAUGGAACCCAGGGUCACAUAAUUUCUCACAAAAAUAGCUCUGUGAGAAAUUAACCCCGUAUUUUAGUACCACAAAAGGAUUUCGAGUCUGUCUUGGUUUGCUUUGGUAAGUUCUUUCAGCAGGUAUUACUACAGUAUUUGCUAGUUUCAUUCCAAAGCCUUAUGUAAUUACUGCUGGUUUGUUCUGCAGCUUAUCUUUGAGCCACAGCACUAAAGUAAACUUAGAGUAUAAACCAUCAGGUGUAGUAAAAAUAGUGCUCUAAAAAUGAAAGUGUUUAUAUUUUUGGUCAUUUUUGCUCCUUGCCUCCACUUUGAACCGGUAUAUUUUUCACAGCUAUACAGUAAUGUAAAUUUCAAAACUCUUUUGGACGGUUUUAGGUCCUUUUUAUUGACAAGUAUUGGAACAUUGUGGCACAAUCACUGGCCAGUGUCCGAGCAAUUUGUUUUUGUCAUUUUUUUCUUCCUUGUGCACAUCAACAAGCAGGUAUAAAAAAAAAAGACAAACUCCUGCUCUGUCUCGCUCUUGAAUUACAUUUUAUCUCAGCCUCAAAGUGCUCGCUGCAUUCACAGCUGGUAUUCCACAGUUGCUGCCACACUUUGGGAUUGUAUUGAAUGGUUUGAAAAAGUAAAGUGUCAGGAAAAGCUGAAAAACAAAAAAGUGUAAGGAUGUAUUUUUCACCAUGUCUGCACCGACUGAUGACUGACAAAAUAACAAAACCGAAAUGUCUCCUUUACCGUCCAUCAGUUUGUCUGCAUGCCUAACUGCCUGUGUCUGUUUGUUGUUUUUGGUGUAACGAGUCACAAUUGCAGCAUUGACUGAGAUUUAAUGUCGCGCUCCUGCAGUUUUUGUUUUCCCCGGUUUAUGGCAUACUUUGCUUGCCCUUUUGUAACUUCUGCCUGGUCUCACCACACAGUUAAGCAGCAGAAUUUUCUACUGAUAAUAUCAUUGAAUGAGGUUACUCAUAUUCACCCAGUAUGUGAAGCUGUAAGCACUUAAAGGCUCUGAGUCUCUCACCCUAAUGUAACUUCACUCAGAUGAACAAGGUAAUGUCAGCUUUGCUGUGUCACAAGUGUAAUGCAGUGUUUAAAUGGAGGCUUUGGCACUUAAGCUGGACGUAGCGUCGGUGUUGCUGUGCUGUGUUGGCUUGAAGUAAAGUAACUCUCAGCAGGGCAAGAAGAUGUCACUCCCACUCAUGAAAGCAUGCUGAAAGUUGUGUCUAUCUUGCAGGGUCAGACGGAUCAAAGCAGCAGCGCCCCCAGGUGGCCGAUGCUGAGGAGAAAAAAUCCCAGAUUAGUGCUGACAGUGGGCUCAGUGUCACAUCUGGAUCUCAGGUUUGUUUGUAGAUUUUUUUUCUCAUUGAAUGUGUAAAACUUGACUGUUUCUGUAAUCUGUGCUCUUGGUUUCAGACUUUUGAUGCUUAUUUUAAUUGGCUGCAGAAUUCUCUCUUUGCUCAUCCAUCUAUGCAGAAAAGUGACACGGAGUCUGUAACAAGCUCAGAGCCACCAAUCUUGACGAGAAGCACCAGCCAGGACUCAGAGGCCAGCACAGUGGUAGGGCACGGCCAACUUAGACGUGAUUCAUUUUACUCCACUCUAUUCCAGUCACACAGUAUUUCAAAGACUUAACUCUAGAUCGUGGCAGGGUUUCUGUGGUCCAAGUAGUUUUUCAAUGAUAAUGCUUUGGUCUAAUGGGUUACACAAUAGAAAGCAAAAUAAAUCAUCAUGCAAUCUAGUUUGGAGAACUUUGUUCAUCUGUUUAAAACUUCAUUUAAGUAAAAGCAUCAGUGCACUCCAUACAACCAUAAAUCAAGGUAGAUAGAGGAGAAAAUAGACAGCUUAUAUGUUCAAAGAAAACAGCUAAAAUGACACUAGUAAGAUUAAGUUAGACUAAAAAUGUCCAUGAAUGAAUCAAUAAAUUAUAGCAGCAAAGGUAGGCCAAGCACCCAGAUUAGCUCAAGAGUUAAUGAGACUAAAAGAUAGAUAUCAAACCAAAUAAUAAGAAUGUGAAUUUGAUUUUGUGUUUCACGCAUGUCCCCCAAUUUACCACAAAAAUAACAAAAUCAAAAAACAGAGGAGGUUUGUGUAAAAUAGUUGGUGGCAGUGUGUUUAAUAAUGGGGCAAGUCAAACAGGCACAGAAAAAUCUCAGUUGGAGGAGUGUUAAGUUGAUUAAACUUUGUUUUGAGUUUAGCUUAUUUAAUGUGUCAGCAUUUUUUAUACACCUGUUAUUCAUUUAGCCUUUUUACCUCACUGGCUGGACUGUAACAGAACUUUGAAAACUUGAACCGUACAUCAAAACGUAAAUCAAACUUAAAGAGUAACUUAAAGUUUCAGAGGAUACGCUUUCAUAUUUUCCGGAACACUGAACUUAUUUUGGCUAAACUUAAAAAAAUGUUGUAAAAAUAACGCACAACAAAAAGUGCACAUCGCCUAUCAUGUGACGACACAACAAAUACCCGACCUUCAUUAAGCAUGUCAGGUUGACAUGGACUAAAGACACAAGAUUGAAGAGUUUUCCUGUCAGUUACAAAUGUCAGGUCUUUUGAAAGUAAGAGUUUAAUGACGAGCUCGAUCAAGAAAAUAAAACUGUUAACCUUUACGAGCUGCCUGCAGACUGCGUGCUAUGUGCUCUUUUGAAGCUGUUUUUUUAAUCUGCAUGUAAAGACGAGCUUAUUUCACACCCUCUGCAGGGAAACACUUGCCCUCACUUAGUGGUUUUACCCUUACACCUUGAUUUCUAUUUUUUAGAUAAGCAAUAGCUCUGGAGAGACCCUCGGAGCUGACAGUGACCUGAGCAGCACAGCAGGAGACGGCCUGGGCCGAGUUGCUGCUCAUUUAAAUCAGUCCAGAGGGACCCUUUCUGACAGCGAGAUUGAAACCAACCCAGCCACAAGCACAGUUUUUGUAAGUAUAAAGUCUGGGACAGGUGGAAUAUGCAUGCUACAUCCAUGGCAAAAGUUGUCCUUUUAAGUUUGUGAAGACAUGAAUCAUAUAAAGAAGUUAAAGAGAAUUUAAUUUACAGUUGAUAGGUUUUAAAGAAAAACAUGAAGAAAUCCAUCUAUAUUUCUGGAGCGGAUAAAAGCCUGAAAAUGUGCAAACGUUUAAACCAAAGGAAAAGUCCUCGUGUUUCUUCUGCCAAGAAUGAAUCCUGCCAGUAACCCUGCACCUUCCAGGGUUGUUUUUUGUUAAGCCCCAAUUUGUGAUUCAGGAGCGGGAGACCUUAAAAUAAUCAACACUUGUUCACAUUUCUAAAAACUCUGAAUGCACCUGAAGUCAGGAAACAGUUUGUUUAGAAAUCACCUUCCUCCACUGUACGUAACAGAAGACCAUUAUGUUGGACAGGACAUUUUAACAUCCCUUCUGCUGUUUGUCAGUGCCAACAGCUGUCUCCAGACUCUCCACGACUGGCUGCAAACAUUUGAUCACAUCUGACAGUUAGCUGUUUUCCUUGAGUUGUGAGCCUGGACAAUGUUUCCCAGUGAUUGACAUAAGUUUCCAAUAAAAAGCCAGACGUGUAGUGUUUUGACAUGGGUAAGCUUCUGAACGGAAAUAAUUUAAGUCAGCUGGUUAGCAUCCGACCAAAGAAGCCUGGUCACAGAGCACUGAGCUGAAGUUUAGCAGAGAUCCUGCCAGCACAGGGGAUCUUGUGUUAAGAGUGAUAUUACUUCUUAUCCAGCUUUGGAAACAAAAUGAAAGAAAAAAGACCUUUUUGACUUCCUUUAUGUAGUCACUCUUUGGAACUUCCCCAAAACCGGAUGACCCUCACUUUUCUCCAUCUGGGGCUGUUUUCUUUUCUAAGGGGUCCAGCUAGCAAGGAUGCUGCAAGCACAGCUGUCUCAUCUCUUUAAGCUCUUUGUUCUGUGGAUUCACUGCAAAUGCAGCGUUUUUGUAGCUGUGCAGAAUCGUGAAAUUAUGGAGGCUGGAGGUCCUUCCUCAUUAUUACAGCAGACAGUCCUUUAGUAAAAAGAGGCUGCAUCUCUCAGAGGAAGAUCUCAGCCUCCUUUUGUUAUUUACAAAGAUCAUUGGCCCUAUAAUCAAUCCGCAUCUUUAAAGGACGGCUCAGCGGAGUUCAGAAAAAUCUGCAUUCCUCGCUUCUACUAAAGUGACUCUAAUAGAUCUUUCUUUACACAUCCUCAACAUCCCAUGCUGGGAAAGUUACUUGUGCAAAUCCCUGAACAGUUUUUCUCUUUAAAUGCAAGAUUCAAACCCACUGAGAGUUUUUUAUUCUUUUUUUCUUAAGAUUUGUCCUUUUAUAGCAUUCACAGUGUGAACAUUUUCAAAGAUGUGCGCUUCACUACAAAAGCUAAACUUGUAAUAAAUCAAAGUCAGUUGAACAUUGUGCCCCAGAGUUUGAUCCCUAUGUGUCCCUUUUAAGAAUAUUUCAAGUAUGGGUGUGUGUAUCAGGACUGGAUUAGGACAUUAUCCGCCCUGUGAUUCUGGAUCCAAACAGCUACAUCAUACAAAACCCACAGGAGACGAGGAGUAAGGAAACCUUAUCUUAAAUGUCAUGCAGACCCACAGAUUUCUGGGUUAGCUUAUUUUGAUCUUGCAUACACUUGCUCAAUCUGCUUCUGUGGUCCACAGGGACGGACUGCUCCAGCCCUGUCCUCAUUAGUCCCCGACAAGAAGAGGAGUGAAGGAUACUUUUGAAGUGACAGACCAGUGGCUGCAUCCAUCUAGAAGCUCUCUGUAGUCUGAAUUAUUUUGUCAUUUGUUGUCACAGAAAAUGCAGAACUUCUUUUCAGUCAUUUAGAUCCCUGCAUUCAGUUCAUUAAAGGAGAGAGAGAGAGAGCGAGCACGCUGCAGGAGGCUUUUGAUCAGUUAAGCACUGCCCUUCAGAUGAACCAUUGAGUUGAUUGGUAUUCCCAGAGCCACAUGUAUCCUGGGGGUUACAGCGUUCGACCGUUUCUGUAUGCUGAUAUGAUCAGAAUAGGGCAGGAAAGUUAAUUUACAACAGGACACUUGAGAGUGCUGCACAUAAGACAUUAAAAUAAUACCAACAAAGGACAAAAGAAAGACAUUAUGAGAGCAUUGAAGAAUACAAACAUGACAUGAAAAAGUAAGAGAAGAUGAAAGUAAAAACAGCUGGAAAAGCAGCUUAGAUGAAACAAGACAGUUACAAAAUUAAAAGUUACAGUACAGUGAUUCAUCAGAAAAAUAAAAUAAAUAGGUUAAAAGUAUUUAAUGAAAAUCAACUUGAUAAAAAAAAUCUGAGACUUUCAAACAGAAAACUGCUCCUCCGUGUUUAGAUCUGAUCUUGGAUUCAGUGGGCAGACCCGUCCUUGCCUUUUUUUAAUCAGACAGCAGUAUUUUGAUAUCUGGGGCAAAAGCAGGUGGUUGUUGCAAAAUCUGAUGGGCCACUCACUUUGUCUUUUUUCUCGUUCUUACAGGGAAAGACUCAUACUCUGAAACCAGGAGCAAAGGAACAUGCACACGCUAUGGUGAAGGGGCCACCUGUUCAGCCCAUGGAGGACAUCAGUAUGAGGAUUUACCUUUUCGAAGGCCUGCUGGGUAAGCUCUGCUGACUCCGUCUGAUUCUCCCUCAGUUUGAUGAAAAACAUUCAUGUUUCCUCUCUAUGCUUUAAUCCAACAAUUACUCAUCUGGAACUCUGUAUAUAAAAUCUUAAAGCUUUUCUUGGUCUUCUGCAUUUCUUUACUAACAUUUCUGAUUUUUUUUAAAAAGAAGAUAAAAAAAGAUCCUUUCUAAAGCCUCAAAUUCUAAAAGAUAAAAUCCAAAAAGAUUGUAAGUGUUGUGACCUUUCUCUUACUUUUGCAAUCUCUUGCAUCAGUUUCCUCUAAACUGUGACUGCCUUGAACUUUUACCAGUUUAUUUUAAGAGAGGAAGGCAGAAGUUAAAGCAUGUGAUUAUCAGGAAGUGAUGAAACCUUUUUUAUUUAUAAGAAGAAGUGAAGUGUAUUUCUCUUGAAUGCUGAAGGGUUAUGCCUCAAUGUCUCUAUUUUUGGUAAAGGCUGACGUAAUAUUCAAUGUUAGAUGAUGAUGAAGAAACAGAUGACAAAACUGGGAAGUUACAUUAAUAGGAAUUUUGUCUGGAAAAUCAGUUUAUUAAAAGUAAACUGUCGUAUUUAGAGUAAAAGGAACAAAACGACUACACCUACAAAUGGCUGUAGAUUACACUGAAAAAGUACAUUUAAUGAAACAGCUUCAAUAAUAAACCAAAGUGAAGUGUUUUGAAAGUAAAGUUAUUUCUCAUCACUUAGCUCAAGAAUAUAUUUUCAUCAUAAUUAUUAUUUUUUUUUAUAUAAUGAUAAUUAUUAAUAAUCCCAGUACAUCUUUGUUUGUCCUGGUUUUUGUGUCUCUGGUGUGGUUUCUUGGCUCGCUCCGCUCUUGUUGUUGCUAUUUAACCGACUCACCUCUUGGCCUAACCCUCCUCCUGCUCUCGCUGCUUUUCGUCCCUCCUGCUGCUCCUCCUGGGAAAUUCUUCCAGGCCGAGAUAAGAGCUCCGUUUGGGAUCAACUAGAGGAUGCUGCCAUGGAAACCUUUUCUCUAAGUAGGGCUAAUCCUUUGCCUUUGCCCCCUUUUUCCUGUAUCUGUGUGGUUGGGGUGUGUGUUUGACAUGUACCUAUUGUUCCCUUUGGACAAGCUCUCUGGUUUAUCUGUUAUGUGAAGUGGUUUUUUUCUGUCUGUUUACUGGUUGCACAUCCAUAUUUUUCUCAACAUGAAACAGGUAAAACUUCAGCUCUGCUACAAUUUUCCCUCACAAGAAAUGAAAAAACAAAUUUAAUUCACCGUCGCUCUCACUUUAAAACACAGUUUUAAUUUCUACUCACCUGGGUUUCACCAAGAUCUCCGACUGACUUUCAUGUUGACUGGCAAGCCAAAAAUUUAAUGGGUUUGGAUACAGGAUGAGUGCGUGUUGCCUUCAAGUGCUGUCAGAAAUAUAAUUAUGAGUGGAGCACACUCAUACAAGCCAGCAGCUAGUUAAAUAUGAUUGGGUAACGUGAAGCUUUCCAAUGAGAUACAGCAGUAUGGCAGGGACGAGGGAAAGAAACAGGCUGUAACAAUCACAGUAAAUUAUUUAAAUCCACGUUUGCCAACCUGGAAAUCUGAGUAGUUUUUUUUUUAUCUUUGACUAGUCUCAGAUUUAUAGUCUAUUUUUUUAUCCUUUGAACACAAACGUUUGGCUUUUUGCAGCCCACAGUUUGUGUUCAAAGGAUGAUCUGGAAAGUUCACACCAAAACAACCAAAAUAUCAUUUCCUGUGACCACUUGAACCUGGAGGAAUGAAGAGCAGCACUAAAAGGAAGCAUCAGAUCGCCUCUAAAAAUCUGAUAUGCUGUCCUUUGAACUGAUUCAGAGGAAAGGUUUUACUGGCAUGAUGUUGGCAAAUAUACUCUGGGGACAGAUUUGAUGAACUACAGUUAAAUGAAGGUGUACGGACUUCUUGUACUUCUGUAAUUUUUACAGUAACUUCAACCCAAGCUGCAGAAAAGCAACAUGAAAGAGCAAACAUCAUAUAUGUCUUCUGUAUUGCUGACUUAUCUUAUAAGCAAGGAAAUAUAGGAAAUAGAUUGGCUUCAACAUUGUCAGAAACAUCCAUCUUUGCCAAGUAUAGAAACUUAAUACUGCUCUGUGUGUGAUUCGUCAGGUAAGGAGCGCUCCACACUUUGGGACCAGCUGCAGUUCUGGGAGGAUGCAUACCUAGAUGCUGUGAUGUUGGAGCGUGAGGGCAUGGGGAUGGACCAGGGACCUCAGGAGAUGAUUGAAAGGUUCACUUCUAUCAGUUUUAAAUUUUACUUCCUGUUUUUCUUUCUCCUUUUAUGACAAUUUUUACUCUUGAUCACUUUUUUAAAAGAGCUUUUUUUACUAAUAACUCUCCACACCUGUUCCUGGACUUAAACCACCUGUCUCUCUCUCUCUUUAUUUUGUUUGUCCUCACAGAUACUUGUCUCUCGGGGACCACGACCGAAAACGCUUGGAGGAUGAUGAAGACAGACUUCUGGCCACCUUGCUGCACAACAUGAUUGCAUACAUGCUAAUGAUGAAAGUAUGGAGGCCUUUGAGUCGUUUCAGUGUUGUUUUCAAACCCAUCCUAAAUUCUUCAUCCUCUCGUCUAACAUCGGCCCUCUGUGGAUUUCCUUUUGUGUAGUUGAACAAAAAUGACAUCAGGAAGAAAGUGAGGCGAUUGAUGGGGAAGUCUCACAUCGGCCUCACAUACAGCCAAGAGAUCAAUGAGAUACUGGACAAACUGGCCAACAUGGUGACGCUCUGUUCCUUUUUUGUUUAUCCUGUGUGUUACAAACUUCUCUUCAUCCUUUGUGAUUAUUUUUACUGAACUUUAUUUUUAGAACGGCCGAGAGCUGCAGAUCAGGCCCAGUGGCAGCCGUCACAUCAAGAAGCAAACAUUUGUCGUACACGCUGGCACUGAUACCACAGGAGACAUCUUUUUCAUGGAGGUGCGCACAGUUUCGACAAAUCACGUAGUUCCGAACAAGAAAAACAGUUUCGGCUUUGUGUCACUGAAAACAACACGCCAACAGGAUGGUGUUGCUUUUUUUAAAUGUACCGUCGUCUGUAUUGUCUCAGGUGUGUGAUGACUGUAUAGUCCUGCGCAGCAACAUUGGCACCGUGUACGAGCGCUGGUGGUACGAGAAGCUCAUCAACAUGACGUACUGCCCCAAGACCAAGGUGCUGUGUCUCUGGAGACGCAAUGGCCAAGAGACACAGCUUAACAAGUUCUAUACCAAAAAGGUGGGGAACAGCUUCUAUGUGCAUCAUGUGCUCAGAGCCACUUCAAGAAUACUGAAUAGAAAAUUUAAAUACCUGUCCUGACUUUAUUCCAGUGUCGUGAACUCUACUACUGUGUCAAAGACAGUAUGGAAAGAGCUGCAGCAAGACAGCAAAGCAUUAAACCAGGUAAGAGGUGAAGGUGUGAGGUGGCUUUACUUCCCCAUGUCCUUACCUUUCUUCUUUGCUUCCUGUCUUUACUUUAAGAACUAGGCUGGGUGGAGUAUAAGCAGUACUCACAUGCAUGAUCAGUCCCAGUGCUAAACUUUUGAGUGGUCUCCUGCAGGUCCAGAGCUGGGUGGAGAGUUCCCCGUCCAGGACAUGAAAACCGGUGAAGGUGGUUUGCUGCAGGUCACUCUGGAGGGAAUCAACCUUAAAUUCAUGCACAGCCAGGUAAGAGGCCUGUACCAGCGCAGAGACGGUGCUUCUCAUCACACACAAGGGCAUGAAACUAAAACUCACUCAUGACAGUUCAUCCCGUCCUUCUGUCCAAACUCCUGCUCAUCUCCCCCGUUCGCCCCGUUUCCUUUCAUCCCGUGACUUCUUCCUCUAUCGUCAUUAAAUCAGUAAAUGUUAGUGAUCGCCGACGGCCUAUCGGAUUGGCUGAUGUUUCUCCUUAGAGGAAGAGUUCCUGUUUGUGCUUUUGCUUUUUUUGAUUUGCUUUUUUCGGUUUGUGUUUGUGUGUGUUUGUGUUCAUAUGCAUGCGUUUCCCAGAACAAUAUUAACACAUCCAUCCGCACAAGUUUCUUUAGACAUCCAUGGUGCUCAAAUGUCCUUUUCUUUUACCGUGUGAGAAGAAGAGGUGUUAAUGUGCGUUUCUGUGUGUGUGUGUGUGGGUGUGUGUGUGUGCGCGCUGUGCUUUAGUUCUGAGACGGAUGCCCUUGAGCAAAGACUUUUCAUUAAUAAUUGGCUAUUUGAUGGCAACUGUCACAUCUUAAGUUUGGACCCUUGAACAUCGUCUUGUGUUGUCUUUGCACCUGCAGGCAGUCUUAGCUGGGGUUUGUGUUUUUCCUCAGGUUGAUUGGAGAGAGGCUGUGUUUAAUUAGCCUGAAAAGAUAAGAAACCCGCUGCAGCAAACAGAUACAAACAAACAAAUACAUGUUUUGCAUUUUGAGUAAGAGCAGUAAUAUUCCUCCUCCAAUAUCAUACUUUGAUGAACUGAUUUAGGAGGAAAAGCUAUUUUUGGGGUCGGUUCAAUCAAAUUACCGGAUGAAAAAAGUCUUUGCACUUAUUCUGUGGUCGUAUCCUGUCAUGCAGAUAGAUUUGCUAAAUGCGAGGAGAUUUUUAGAUAAUUGCUCCAGGAAUCUCAUUCGUGAUGCUUGAAGAAAUUUGUUACAAGGAGGCAGCAGCAACACAGCCCUGUUCUCUCUGUAUGAUCCACACUUUCACCAUCAUUAAAAAAGCUCCUACCGAUACUAAACUGUUGGAAUGCAGCUCACACAUCUGGGGUCUCAUUUAUGAAUGUUGUGUACAUGCAAAACAGGGUCUAAAAAUGGAGUAUGCAACUUUUCAGGCUGAGAUUGUGGUCCAAAAGACAAAGGUUGGUGGGUAGGUUGAGAGAACUAACUGAUAGCUGAGAUAGCCAUGGGUGGCUCUCUCCUUUAUUCCAUAUCCCCAGAAUCAGUCAGAGCACAAGCCAGGGGGGCUUUGAUGUAACCGGCUCAAUCAUGGUUCAAACGUAGAAAGUGAACAAAGUCAGUGAAGACCCUGUAAAGAUUUAAAUGCUGCAAAGACACUCUAGCUGACUGUAAUAAAUGACGGCUGCUUAAGGACUGCGUAUUUUCUGCAGCUAUAGGGAGUCGUUUUGAAGUACUUAAUUAUGUCCGUCGUCCUCUCUGUUGUUUCUGUGAUUUACCGUAAGAAGCCUCUGAUCUGCUGACUCAUCUGAGUGCAUUUUCAUUCAUGAGUUGCUUUGCAUUGACCAUUUAUGGUUGAAUGUGGGCGUGCAGAGAGCGGAGCCAUGCCUGCAUAUUAGCAGUUGGAUCAGGUAGGGGUGGAAAUCACUAGUGACCCCAUGAUACGAUAUUAUCAUGAUACUUGGGUCACGAUACGAUAUAAUUGCGAUUUUUAACAUUUUGCAGUACAGUGAGUAUUGUGAUACAAUAUAUUGCGAUUUAUACAAUUUUUUUUAACUGUUUAGCUAAUUUAUCAUUUGUCUUUCCUUUAUGUUUGACUUAUUUACGCAGUAUUUUAUUUUUAUGUAGCACAUUUUGCAAAUCUUGCAUAUUUGUCGUACUAACAUUCUCCUGAUCUAUGAUGUGACCUCUUCCGACCUCACGGGACAAACAGUUGAUUUUAUUUUUCCAUCAUCAUAGAUUUGACUUCAUAUUAGCAAUUAAUUUGAAAAAUCGAUACUUGGUAAAUGAGACGAUACGAUACAUCACCAGGCAGAAUAUCGCGAUACUAUGCUGUAUCCAUAUCUCUCCCACCCCUAGGAUCAGGGGUGUGUGCUGAGUUUUAUAAAUCUGAACAGUUCCUGGCAUGUACUACUUUUAUGUUUUGGGCAUACCUGGACCGGUUUGUCCGCUACACAUGAUUUUAUAAAUGAGACCCCUGCUCUGUAGAUUAUUGGUACUGUACUGUGCCCCCUUUAGAAAAGCAGAAACCAAAAUGGAAACAUUUUGUGGAGCCUAACUUGUUCAUGGAUAAAUACAUUUUCCAAUAGUUUUCAUAGUCAGUAGUCAGAUUCUGACUGUUUACUGUGCUAAAGACAUCAGAUAUGAUUUUUAUCUGGUGUAAAGUGACAGGAUCUGCCCCUAUUUAGUGAACCUCUUGAUUUUGUUUUUCUCAGCUCCGAUCAUUUCAUCGUCUUCAUCUUAUUUUUUAAUUUUCCAGGAUUUGACUUUCACUGUUUUAUUCAGUCUCUGCUGCUGGAACUGGAGUGAAAUUCAACAGUAACCAACAUUUAGAAAAAAAGUUAGUGACUUCCUGAUGGACACAGUGAAGCGUUUAACUAAAGACAGAGAUUUCCUCUGGGUAAAUGGGAGAGGUGAAAGAAAGAUGGAUAUCAAACUUUAAAGUGUAAAGAAACAGAACUAUCUGCUGUCUGCUUGGUAUGUAUGAAAGUUUCAAAACAGGUCUUUCAAAUCACUUUGAAAGCCUGUUUUUGUCAGGGUUAUAUUUACAGCUAAUAAUUGCUACCCAAGAGCAUCAAAGUCUUGAAACAUUUCUUUGCUAAGAGCGUCUUAGCCAGAUUUAAUUUCCUUUUUCAAUUUCGAACUGUCGUCAAACAUUUGGGUGAACCGACCCUUUAACUUGGAUGCGGCUACAUUGAAUCAGUUAUAAUUACGCCUGCUUUUCCUCACUGCUUCAGGCUCUUUGGCUUGAGUUUAAAUUUUUCAUACUUCACAUUGAUAUGGGUAGAGCGCCGCGCUGAGUUCCUUUUUUCUAGUCAGUGCUGCACUCGCCCAGCACAACAGAUCUGAAACCAGUUUUUUUCUGAGCUCAAUGUAGAGCUCCACGUUUUUCAAACUGAACCUGUUUCGUUUGUACUUUUGGUUUGCUGUUAAAUUUUCUAAAAAAUUAAAAAAAACAUUGUGCAUAGUUGGAGGUUUAAGAGAUGAUCUGUUUCACAAACUGUGUCCCAUUCUGUGGCUGCAUAUGAGAAGUGGCUUUAGCAACAUGAGUUUACUGCAUAGGCUGUAUAAGACAUGGACCAAGUCUCUGGGGUCACCAAGUACUUUCUUGACAAAGGUGGCUGCCACAUUGGAAAAGUCGACUCAAUCUAGCCAGAAAAAGAUGAGCCACAUUCCCAGGACUGUUUCUUGAUCUGUACCGUAAACAUGUAUUUCCUGUAUACAUUUGAAUAUUUACAUGUAGGACUCUAACAGGGAUUCUUUGGCUUUUGGUGCCAGUAUCCAAAAAACUCAAACUGCACUUCUGCAUUGGUUUCAUUUUUCAACACCAGAAGUUGUCACUUCUUAGUGUAAAAUGUUGAAUUUACUGUUUUAGCUUUCCCCAACUUGUCUUUUUUCAAAAUAGAAGUGGCCUUAUUUGGAGAGAUGUGUUGGUUAGGUUUGUUUGCUUUUAUAGUAAAUGUGAGAUCAGCCUGGAAGCCAAUUUGAGCUAACAGGAAACAGGUUCCCACCAAAACGAAACUGAUAAAAAUCAAAGACCAGCUAGGUCCACGUAUUAUCUGUCCAUUCAAUUGUUCCAUUCAAUCUAGUAAAUGAAAAAACUAGUCAAAAUUUUGUUUAUUUGUUUUCUGUAUAACCAAAUAAUAAAAAAUUUGUGUUUGUUUUAGUAUUUUCAGCUAAAAACAGAAUAUAAUAUAAUAGAGAAGGAAACGAAAACAAAAUAAUAAAUCUUAUUUACAACUAUUGAUUUUUAGUGCGCCUGUUUUGACCAUACGUGCAUGGAGGCUACAUUGGCCUUCCCAUGAUCCUCAGCGACAGUUACCAUGGUGAAAGAUGCAACAGUGCAGUUCGAGCGCCAAAAUCUUACGUUGUAACAGAGCUCUGGUUGUAAUUUUUUCUACAGUCAUAUCUUCCUCCUUCAGCGUGACCCUCCUGGUGGCUUUGAAUAAUAUGUAGGAUGCGUCCAUCUCCAUGACAGCAGGUUAGCCUUUCUGUACCGCUCUGGCUGCGAGUUUUUGGUCUACGCUGUUGGCUACUUUGUUGCGCAAUGCGCAUGUGCAAACAGUAGAAAGGCACCAUGGGAAAUGGGGACAUCAAUAACCUAAAAAAGGAAGGAGAUUUAUUAUUUUGUUUUCGUUUCCAUCUCUAUUAAAUAUUCUGUUUUGAACUGAAAAUAUGAACACAAACACUAAUCAUCAAUUUUAUGGUUAUAUAGAAAAACAAAUAAAAUAUUGACUCGUUUUUUCGUUGACUAGAUUGAAUGGAAUAAUUGAAAGUCUUAAAAGUCUGGCAGGUCUGAGGCUCUUACAUAUUAAUCAUCCACCACAUGGACCCAUAAAGAAACCCACUUCUCAUAUUCAGUCUAUUCAUCCACUUUUUGAUAAUUUUUCUGUUCUCUGUAAGCAGAGUUCGGCUAAGUCCACUUCCUUACGUUAGUUUAGGCUCUUUUUUUCAUGAUUAGUAUCAGCUGUAAUGAUGGUGAGCACUGGUUGGUUCUGGGCUUUUCGAUAGUCAGACAGUGUCGGUGGUGUUAUCCCACAUUGUAGCAGGCUAAACUUGUCCAUCGGUGACUGCCCUCAUAUACCCGUUCUGCUGUGUGCGCGGUGGUGUUGGUGCCAGCCGUUGUUGCUGGAGGAGGAGGCAUGGAGGGCUCUGGGGGACUGAGAUGUUUACAGUCCAGGAAAUCAAAGGUGAAUCCAGAUCUCAAUACCCUAGUGAAACCUCUAGCCCUCUUUUUUUCUCCUACUUCCUAGUUCUUGGGGCUGAGUUUUCUUGUUAUUGAUUUUUUUUUCUCCUCACAUUGGCUCUUGUAACUUCCUAGCUAGAUUUUUGAUUUUGGAUCCGUACGAGGCUCCUGUGGAUAGCGCCCUCUCGGAGUGUCGUGGAGUGUUUGUGCUCUUCUGUCCGAUAAUAAUCCAAACCAUUUCUCUCCCAUGCUCUCUCCCCCUGCAAGGAGCGGAAGGUACACAACCUCUGCUGUGUUUGCUUAUUAGCAGUUACAUCUUCUUGGGUUUCUUUUUUUGUUUUCCUCUAUCUUUUCUUUUGACUGUUCUAGCUGUUUGGCAAACCUAAUUUUGUGUCCUUGUCUACAUUUUAUAUGGAACUUCCAUGUAUGCAUCAUAUGGGCCAUAUUACAUCUCUGAGCAUAACUAGAAAUGUGUUUGUUGAUCUACUUCUUGAUGUUUAUGUUCAAAUGUAACCUUAAAUUUUCCUCUGAAGUAAGUCAUGUUGAAUUAGUUCAGAGCUUUGAGCAGACUAAAAGCAUUUCUCCUCAUUUAACCGUCGCCCAUGUAUGCGUUUGAUCAUGGAAACUUCUCAUAGUGUGCUUUUCUUUUCCUUUGGUUAGCUGUUAAAAGCUUGCACUCCAUGUGUAGUUGUUUUAUUUUGACCUUUCAUACUGAAUAAAACAAGUUUAACAUGGUUAAUUUCUUAAAUAUGAAGUGUUUACUUUUCAUCCAGUGUUGUUGAGUUAAUAAUGUUCUGUCUUGUUUUGUUUGUUUUUUGUUUGUUUUAGGUUUUCAUAGAGCUGAGUCACAUUAAAAAGUGCAAUACAGUGAAGGGAGUCUUUGUCCUGGAGGAAUUUGGUAAUUACACCAUCUAUUGAUUCUAGGCCUGUACUCGGCACGGCAGUAACUCAGCUUCAUGGCUAAUGUGUUAACGAGAGCUAAUAAGGGUUCACUAAAUUGGAUACCGGCUCUCCUGGAGGGACAACAACCGUGUCUGCAGGUGAUUAGCUAAGUGAUGAAUUCUUCAAAGGACUUCACCUUCUUUCAGUCAGAUGUUUGGUUGUUUUUUAAAAGCUAGCAGCAGUUCAUUCAGGGACAGAGUAGGUGGAAGAACAAAAGUCUGAGCAGCGUCUAGACAAAGCUGAGCAGAGAGAGUGUUUUAAUGAUGAACAAAUAAAUAAUUCAAAUGAAAAAAAAAACAAGAGUAAAAGGAGUUUCAGAUCCAAACAAAACUCAAAGAUGAACUCUGUAGCGCCAAAAGGCUCAAUCUUUUAUCUACACUACUCAUCCAUUUUGGAGGACUGAAGCAAAUUGAGAGGCAGAUACACCGGAUAACUCGCCAACCAAUCACAGAGCAACAACCAGACACGCUCACUUUAAUAUCUACGGACAAUUUUAGAGCCACUUAUAAUCUAACGGGGGUGAAUCGAACCACGAACCGUCUUUGCUGUGAGGCAGCAGCUCUUUAACAGUUCAUAUAAAAGCAGACAGACAGAAAAACAAAGUAAGAUCUUCUAAAGGUGAGAGCAAACUAAGAGGAUCUCUUUAAAAGCUCAGAUUCGAGAGAGUGUGAGUAGUCAGGACAGUGUUUAGAUCUCUGAAAAGAAGUCCAGACUGAGGACUUCAGAGUGAUAGACCAGUUUGUGAUCAUCAGGGGUGACAGCAGAGCGCCAGGCUGGGUUACUGCCGUGUCUCUGUGCUGCUUUUGUAAUGUUGCCCUCAUCUUUGCCACUAUGAAAACCUUCAUUCUCCAGCAGGUAAAGUGUUGUCACCUUUCUCCUUUCUUAUUCUCUGCACCAACUAUUUCCACUCUCAGACCUCUUCAUGGAUUAUUUUAAUCCCUUUUUCAUACCAUGGGUUUUCCCCCUCUGCUUCCUUCAUCACUUGCUUUUCACUUCCAUCACCCCCUCACUUCACCUCUCUCACCUUGUCGUCUCCCUCUGAAUCUCAGCAUGUGGAGAUCUGUGGUGGGACUCUUGGUAAUGUGGGGGAUUUAGCAGAGGGAUUUAUCAUUUCCUCAGACCCCCCCCUCUUCUUCAUCUGUCCAGAUCUCAGCCUCCUCAUCUCUGCUACGGGUUCACAGUUACUAAUGAAAAGUCAACCUGUCUUGUGGACAGGGACAGGGUCCUGUGUCCAAGGAUUUUGGCCUCUUGUAGCUGCUUCUCUGUGAUGUCUUCAAACUCUCGGUCCACUGGAGGGGAACGGGGUGGGAGGUUGCGGAGGGGAGGUUGUCUUUUUCUCUUCUUGUGUUUUUCCUUUUCAUAUUGAAAUCUUUAAACUUUUGCAGCCUCUGGGUAGACAACAUUUGUGUGUUUAUUUGUCCAUUUUGUGGGUCAUGAAUGUCUCACCAACAGUCAAAAGCUCAGAUUUAAUACUCCACCUUUCACAUAUUAAAAACCUUUAGCAGUUAUAUCUAAUUAUUAAAGUAUUAGAAGAUCAAUAUAUUUGAACAUUAAUGAUGAAGUUAAGCCCAAAACUAAAGUAGACAAGCUGCUCCGGCCUUCAUCACCCUCUCUGUCUGAAGUUAGGAGCUCUCUUGACUGUUAAGGUGGGCUCUUCUUGGCCCACAUCCCAUAUUACACCAUGUUCAAAAUCCUUCCCUUUAACCCCAAAGCUCUCAGACAUUGAGGGUUCCUGCUGCCUUUGAAUUCUUUGUUUUGUCUCUUGCACCGGCAUAGUUCCUGAAACUAAAGAAGUGGUGAUCCACAAGUACAAGACGCCCAUGGUGAGUCCUCUCCACUGCUAACUCAAAACCUCUGCAUGAUCAGUGCUAACCAAAAGAUUUGUUGUAUGGAGUUUUUUUUUUCUUUACGACACAAAGGGGAAGUUACGUAUUCAAGUUUUUAAUUUGAAACCAUAAUUCCAUAUAAUUGAUCCUUGCUCGCCAAGACUGUAAUUAAUUAUUAAAGAAUUACAGCAGCUUUUGAAAGUCUGGCCUUUUGGUCACCUCACUCAGUGGACUGAGUCAAUGUCAACAAAGUCAAAUGCAAAAGUCAACAAAUGCCAACAAACAUCUUUUUAGCUUGGCCUAAUUUCUUUAGCAGAGACUAAACACAACUCACCUACUCUCUUCCAGCAGCUGCUUGUCUGUACAGAGACCUCAGGCCAGCCCAUUAUCACAGAUGUUCUUCCUUGAGCUGCGUCACCCCGCUGCAGUUUGUAAUGGACUGGCCUGAGGUCUCGCUACUAGCAAGCGGCUGCUGGAAGAGAGUAGGUGAGUUGUGUUAAGUCUCUUUGUUAAAGAAAUCAGGCAAAGUUAAAAAGAUGUUUGGUGGCAAGUGCUGUGGCUGGGACCCUAUAUGUACUGCUGAUGAAGUUAGGUGCUGUACUAAAGUUGGUAUAACUAGAGAAUCAAGCGGUCGGCAACAUUCAUCUCUCGACGAGGUGUCUAACUCAGUGUUUGACCCUAACUUAAUUUUCCGCCGUAAUAUCCCUUUAAUGCUGCUAGUUAUUGGACGUGUCCUCAGGAACAGAAGCUUUAAAAUGCUGGUCAGGAGUUGUGUCUUAGCUGUAGUACAGUCACCAAACACUAGCUGGAGCUGUAGCUGUGAUUAAGGAGAACAGCUGUAAUGCUCCACUAGCUGGAUGUAAACAAAUGAAAAUGACAGAGGGCAUUUUGUAGCAUGGUGUGAUUUACUGAAUACUAAAGGGAAUAAAACUUAACAUAUUUGAUAAAUCUAUAUUAACUUAUUCUUAGAAAAGUUGUUCACAUUUGUUGUUUUAUAUUUACUUUGUGGGUUAGCUUGAGGGUAAGCCAACUUGUAGAGUAUUUUUCUCCUCCUAACACGUCUGCAGAGCUGCUUUUUAAAAGAACAUGACUAUAAUAGGGCUUUAGUGCCACUAACUGUCAGAGGAACAACAUGACACCUCACAGAGAACCUUUAAAUACUGAAUCAUUUAACAGCCUCCUAUCCUCAAGUGUCUAGACUUAAGUGGAGCGUCUGGUCUGGCUUUGUUUCUGCUGUUAUUUUUAACUUCACAGGAAAAUCACUUCUCACCUGAGCCUCCGUCUCCCUCAUGCUUGUCUUUCCUCCUGCAGGCACAUCAGAUCUGUUACUCCGUCCUCUGCCUUUUCUCCUACGUGGCGGCAGUGAAGGGGAAGGAGGCGGAAGGAAAACCCAAGCUCCUGUCACCGAGACCCCUUCCCAGCUAGUCCACAUCUCGCGCCGUCUCCCCACUCCCCCUCACUCCCUCCCCUUCAGUGUGCCUCUCUACUUGAAACGGCAUCUCAGCUCUGAAACCACAGACUUCUGACAAUCCCUAAGUUUAGUCUAAGCACACAAUCCCACUUCCUGCCCCCUGUACAUACAAGCCUAAGACCCUUUUUAGUCCCUGUUGUGUAACGUGUUUGGUCUGUGAUGUCGUGUAAAUACUUCCUCACUGCUGUCGUCCUGAUGGUCAUACCAACUAGAUAAAUGUUUGCCUGCUCCUUUAGGUGGGAGCAGUGACUCCCCUGAGCUCCUCUCCUCUGUCUUCUAUUGUUCCUGCUGCCAAGACCCAAAUGUUUCCACCAAUAGGAGAUGUGAGGGAUUUCCCCCCCAAGGCACAGAGUGCAUGCAGGUCCCGUGCACAAGCCUUGAAACGUCACUACAGAGUAGACUUCCUCAUUAUUUGUCUCCAUCACUGUUCUGUGAGUCGUGCUUACUGUAAAGUUCCAGUUUGUCCAAAUUGAAACUGGUGAAACAUCCAGAGACCCUCAUGUAGUGCGGGACAUCCCAUAUUGAAAAAAGCUACUGUAUACUGCACCAGAGCACCGCAUGUAAACGCUUCUUCAAAGUGUUUGAACCCUAAAAUAAUGUGAGUGUUCUCUGAAUUACUGUUCUAGUUCUACUGUAAAAUUUCUCGUCCGUGGUCUGCUGUUAUCGAUUGCAUGUUACUAUGAGGAUAAAAAAUAAAUAUUAUAUAUAUUUCUAUAUAUAGUAUUUAUUUAAUAUAUACAUAUAUUGACUGUACAUUUCUCUGGAAAAAUAAUGUUACAAAUUGUUGAUUUGCUAGAUGUGCAAUACUUAAUAAGUAGUUAGCCAUUGCCAGAGCCAGGUUUUCUCGAGUAACCCGGCAUCAACAGGGUGAAGAAUGUAAGAAAAGACUUUUUUUUUUCUAUAGUUUGUGUUUGUUGAAGUGAAAAUGAUGACUUCAGUUUGACAUGACUGUUUCAAGUUUGUCUUUGGGAAUCUGGAUCAUGCAUAGGAAAAAAAAUCUGCUGCUGUCCUGCUCCCUAUUUGUGAAAAAUUUCCACUCAAACCCGCCCCCAACUCGUGAUGUCACAAGUUGAGGGCGAUGGUGUGAUGAGUCAUCGGUGAUGUUGGCAGUUGUUUGCUAUCUUUCCCAUUUGAAUUCAGCUCUUAAAAGCCAUGUGACCUUUGUCUUAGAAAUGCUGUCGGUAAAUGUUAGCGCCGUUUGUCAACUCGUUCGCUGAAUUUAAAUGUGGAAAAAAGAACCAAACUCAUCAUUACGAAAUUAUUAGCAGAGGAAUUAGACUUUGAAAAAGACGUGUCACCAAACUAAAUGAUGGUGUUGCUGCUGGUUUUCAGUAUAAAUGAGCAGAAAAUGUAAAAUAAUGAUUUAGAAGUGAUUGGUACAAUACGAUCUGGUUGUCCUUAGCGUCAGUUUUGCUGAGAUACACCACAGCUUUGACCAAUCAGAAAGAAGUUAUAAGACAUGUUUAACCAUUUAGGUAGCUGAGACUUUUGCCUUUUCUCUUCAGGCUGCUAAACUCACCUGUUUACAUAAGGGUGUUAAUCUUUUAACUCAAUUUUUCAGGUACAUGUUCACAUUUUCUGAUGGUUUCCUCGCAAAACUGUGACUUUUCCUCACCUGUGCCUCUGUUAAUCUGUGCCUGGAUUAUAAUUUGAAUACAGUCAUCUUCUUUUUCAUCUACUCUAACCAGUGAAUGCCACCAAAAAAACAGAACAAGUCAUACUUUCUGACACAGACCGUGAGAAAAUGUGAGCUACUGUACCUGGAAGGAUCAGAAAAUGUAAAGAAAAAAAACUAAUUUUAGGAAAAAAUAAACUACAGAAUUCAUAAAAGAGGUUUAAUUAAAAGUUAAGAGUAGAGUUGGAGCAGCUGAACAGUUGACUUUUGGUAACAGCGUGUGGUGUAAUCUUUUAGUUGAGUUUUAAACAAGAAAAUAGGUUAAAAAAAAACCCAGAAAUUUAGUCUCCAAACUCGCAGCAACAGGUUUUUCUUCCUGUAAAUGAACUUUUCCGUCGUGUUGAAGCCCUGCAGCUGUGCUCAUCCGCUCCUCAAGUCUUAAUGUUGUUUCUGUUCUGUGAUAGUAAAGAACAGUUGAAUCUGGCCUAUUGCGGCACAUUGACUUUCACAUGAGUGUGUGAGUGUGCGUGUUGUGUGUGUGUGUGUGUUUGUUCAUGUGGUGAUCAGUUUCUCCAGAUCAGCAAUAUAUAGGUACAGUUAUUUCACUGGAAGAUGCUUUUUUUGACUCAGACAAGCUUGUAUUUUUAGUGAUUUAACUGUGCAGAGAAAAGUGAAGGUAGGACAUUCAGACGAUCUUGAUCCGUUAAUAAAUGAAAUGAUAGAACUCAAUCUGAAGUCGGUCUGUGAAUAGGACAUGGCCCUUUCUGCUAAAUUGAAACACCUUCCUUUUUUUUGUUUAGUUUUUUUUUUACACUGGAUUAUUACAGCUCAUCUCUGUCACUGUACUGGUCAGCUGCUGUAAUGAGAGGGAAAAAUGAAAUGAGAUGUCAGGUGUAAGUAUUCCAGUAUUUGAAAAAGUAUUUAUAGAACAUGUACAGCUUUGGCAAUAUAAUAAAGUUGUCGCAAAUGAAGCUCAG